UCCGCGCGUACGAAUAUCAAGGAGAGGAAUAUCGUCGUUGUACGUGUAUAUAUUAUUAUCGUCAAAUACGCUUACACGAAUCAUCUUUCGGACUCCUGAGAUUUCUGUCGCCGGACCGACCAAACGAUCAAAUGCGCAUGCCGCGGGUGCGUUGAACGAUUGUCGCGAACCACGUAAUAUUAUUUACCAUUAUUAUUUUCGCAGCUAACCUGCAACUGUUUUUGAUAGUGAAUCGGCGAAAAGAUAAACGACGAUAAAUCGAUUCCCGUCGAAAGUGGUUUUGUUCGGUUUUAAUUUUUCGUUCCGUUUCGUGUUUUUUCAUCAAUCUCAGACCGUCCGCCCUCUUUUCACUGUCACGCGUCGCUCUCUGACGUACAUACACCCAAUAGUAAUAAUAAUAAUAAUAAUAUAUACAAGCGCGCUCGGAUAUACACCGCACACGCGGGCGUUGACAUUGACCGGGCGAUUAAAUAUUAAUAAUUAUUAUUAUUAUGAGCAACAAUAAGAAAAUCCCAUCCGUUCUUAACGUCAACGCGGAGGGGAAUACCUCUUCGUUUUUAAGAGCGGCACGAUCCGGGAAUCUUGAUAAGGUUAUUGAACACUUGAAAAAUAAAAUCGAUAUAAAUACAUCAAACUCUAACGGUUUAAAUGCCCUGCAUUUGGCUUCAAAAGAUGGGCAUUUGGAAAUCGUAAAAGAGUUAUUGAAAAGGGGCGCUAACGUAAAUUCGGCAACAAAAAAAGGAAAUACUGCACUUCAUAUUGCUUCUCUUGCGGGGCAAUAUGAUGUGGUGGUAACCCUCGUGGAACAUGGCGCAUUGGUCAAUGUGCAGAGUCAAAAUGGUUUCACCCCUUUGUACAUGGCUGCGCAAGAAAAUCAUGACAGAGUUGUUAAGUAUUUAUUAGCAAAUGGGGCCAAUCAAAAUCUGGCAACUGAGGAUGGAUUUACACCAUGCGCUGUUGCAAUGCAGCAAGGUCAUGAAAAGGUAGUAACUGUGUUAUUAGAAAAUGAUACCAAAGGUAAAGUGCGUCUCCCAGCAUUGCAUAUUGCAGCAAAAAAAGACGAUUGCAAGGCCGCAGAUUUACUCCUUCAAAAUGAUCAUAAUCCAGACGUAACAUCUAAGAGUGGAUUUACUCCAUUACAUAUUGCUUCGCAUUAUGGAAACGACGGUAUUGCUAAACUUCUCCUUGCUAAAGGUGCUGACGUCAACUACUCUGCUAAACACAACAUAACUCCUUUACAUGUGGCAGCGAAAUGGGGUAAAAGUAACAUGGUAUCUUUGUUGCUUGAGAGCGGCGCAAAUAUUGAAGCUAAAACUAGAGAUGGUUUAACGGCUUUACAUUGUGCUGCAAGAUCUGGACACGAUCAAGUUAUUGACAUGCUUUUACAAAGAAAUGCUCCAAUUAGUUCAAAGACCAAGAACGGUUUGGCGGCAUUGCACAUGGCGGCACAGGGAGAUCACGUGGAAGCCGCUAAAGUGUUAUUGUCCAAUAAUGCUCCCGUUGACGACGUGACCGUAGAUUAUUUAACCGGUCUUCACGUAGCCGCCCACUGCGGACACAUCAGGGUGGCUAAACUCUUAUUGGAGAAACAUGCGGAUCCCGAUGCUAGGGCGUUAAAUGGUUUUACGCCGUUGCACAUCGCAUGCAAGAAGAACCGUAUUAAAGUUGUGGAAUUGUUACUCAAGUACAACGCGAGCUUAGAAGCUACUACGGAAUCCGGUCUCACUCCGUUGCACGUCGCCAGUUUCAUGGGCUGUAUGAACAUCGUAAUAUUCCUGUUGCAACAUGAAGCCAAUCCGGAUCUACCUACAGUGAGAGGAGAAACGCCAUUGCAUCUGGCUGCCAGAGCCAAUCAGACGGAUAUCAUACGGAUAUUGCUCCGUAACGGAGCUCAAGUGGAUGCCAGGGCUAGAGAGAAACAAACACCGCUUCACAUAGCUUCCAGAUUGGGUAACGUGGACAUCGUAAUGUUACUGUUAGCCCACGGCGCGGCAGUCGAUUCGACCACGAAAGAUCUAUACACCGCUCUACAUAUUGCCUCUAAAGAAGGCCAGGAGGAGGUUGCAUCAGUGUUGUUGGAGAAUGAAGCCUCAGUGACAGCAACCACUAAAAAAGGGUUUACCCCACUACAUUUGGCAUCAAAAUAUGGCAACAUUAAAGUCACCAAGUUGCUAUUACAAAAACAAGCUCCAGUUGAUGCACAAGGAAAGAACGGCGUAACACCAUUACAUGUAGCAAGUCAUUAUGACAAUCAAGCUGUUGCUUUAAUGUUGCUUGACAAACAGGCAUCACCUCAUGCCAUAGCAAAGAAUGGCCACACACCACUUCAUAUAGCGGCAAAAAAGAAUCAGAUGGAUAUUGCAGUAACAUUAUUAGACUAUGGAGCAAAAGCAAAUGCUGAGUCAAAAGCAGGAUUUACUCCUCUUCAUCUUAGUUCUCAGGAAGGUAACGUCGAGAUGACUACUUUACUUUUGAACCAUAAUGCCGAUCCUAACUAUAAAUCAAAGAACGGUUUAACACCAAUGCAUCUCUCCGCACAAGAAGACAAACAUAAAGUUGCUGUUGUGUUGGAUAAUUAUCAUGCAGAUAUCAAUCCGGAAACUAAAGCUGGAUUUACUCCCUUACACGUCGCUUGUCAUUUUGGUCAAUUAAACAUGGUUCGAUUCAUAACUGCUCGCCAAGGAGUUAAUAUUAACGCGACUACAGCUUCGGGAUAUACACCACUUCACCAAGCAUCUCAACAAGGCCAUUCUACCAUUGUAAGCCAUUUAUUGGAUAAAGGAGCUGAUCCAAAUUUAUUGACAAGUCAAGGACAAACGGCUCUGUCAAUUUCUCAGAAAUUGGGUUACAUAAGUGUAGUAGAGGCUUUGAAGAAUGUUACUAAAGCAGUACCUUCAUCGACUACGGACGAAAAAUACAAAGUAAUUUCUCCAGAAACUAUGCAAGAAACAUUUAUGUCAGAUUCAGAAGAUGAAGGAGGUGACGUUUUGCAAAGCGGAAGCGUCGAGUAUGGUCUCAACACUAGAGCUCAACUAACACAAAAUGUUAUCGUUUCGUCACGCGAAGAAACAAUGAUAAACGAACAGUCAUACAGGUAUUUAACAGGAGAGGAAAUGAAGGGCUUCGGCGACGAAUCAGCUCCUAUCGAUGUCACGCGGGAUGAGAGAUGUGACGUGAAUACUGUACCCCCCACAUCUAUCGACGAAGCCAUCAGUCCACAGACCGUAUAUGACAGUUACAGCGGCCCUGUGGAUAAUGUCGACAUUGUUAAAUAUCCACCUCAUGUUGGACGUUUGCAAUGGAAAACGUUUUUGGUUAGCUUCUUGGUAGACGCUCGCGGCGGAGCGAUGCGCGGAUGCCGGCAUAGUGGUGUCCGCGUAAUCGUUCCACCCCGACGAGCUUCUAUGCCUACAAGGGUAACUUGCCGAUAUUUAAGACGUGAAAAAAUGGUGCACCCGCCACCGUUAAUGGAAGGCGAAUCGUUAGCCAGCAGAAUACUCGAACUCGGUCCUGUGGGAGCUAAGUUUUUGGGGCCGGUUAUGAUCGAAGUACCGAAUUUCGGAUCACUCCGUGGAUCUGAAAGAGAAAUCGUUGUUCUCAGAUCGGAAAAUGGCGAGACGUGGAGGGAACACACGGUUGAAGUGACUGACGAAGUCGUCAAAGACAUACUCGGAGCGAAUUUUGAAAAAGAAGACCGCGACCCGUGGCAUUCCGGUAACCGUCUGACGCGGAUCGUGACGACGGAAUUUCCGCAUUACUUUGCCAUCGUGUCCAGAGUCAAGCAAGAAGUACACGCUAUCGGGCCGGAGGGUGGAAUGGUCUCUUCGACGGUGGUGCCACAGGUGCAGGCGGUAUUCCCGCAGGGAGCGCUCACCAAGCGUAUUAAAGUCGGCCUACAGGCACAACCAAUCCCAUCUGAGCUGACAGCCAAAUUGCUGGGUAACAGAGUGGCCGUAUCACCCAUUGUCACCGUCGAACCUAGAAGGCGAAAGUUUCACAAGCCUAUCACGCUCACGUUGCCCUUACCACAGGCCUCUUCUAAGGGGAUGAUCAAUCACUACACGGGCGAUGCGCCCACACUCAGGCUUUUAUGCAGCAUCACAGGCGGAACAUCCAGAGCACAAUGGGAGGAUGUUACGGGCUCGACGCCUCUUACAUUUAUCAACGAUUGCGUAUCGUUCACUACAACUGUUUCGGCACGAUUUUGGCUGAUGGAUUGUCGAAACGUGGCGGACGCGUCUAAAAUGGCUACCGAACUAUACCGGGAAGCUAUACACGUACCAUUUAUGGCCAAAUUUGUAGUGUUUGCUAAACGAACAGACACGAACGAAGCUAGAAUACGGUUGUUCUGUAUGACGGACGAUAGGGAAGACAAAACCUUAGAACACAAAGAACAUUUUACCGAAGUCUCAAAUAGUAGAGACGUUGAGGUUCUGGAAGGCAAGCCCGUAUACGUGGAAUUUGCAGGAAAUCUCGUGCCAGUCACCAAGUCCGGCGAACAGCUCAGAUUGGUGGUGCGGGCGUUCAAAGAAAACAGAUUACCAUUCACUAUGCGCGUAAAAGACCCCAGUGCCGAACCACGUUCGUGGACUAUAAUAAUGAAAGAACCAAAAGUUUCUAAAAAUGAACCCGCUCAAACGCCAGUUUGUGUUUUACAAUUCGGAUUGCCCGAAAACAUUGUACACGAUACAGAUGUCAAUGUUGAUGAACAUUACAAUUACACAUACACCCAUGAUUCAAACACCGAGACACACAAACGUGCUGAACUGAGAAUAACCGAUAUUAGUAAUUUCGUGUCUGAAGAUUGGAUUAAUUUGGCACACGAAUUGGGUUUCCAAUCGACAGAUAUUGCUCAAAUCCAGAGAGAAUAUCCAGAUAGUAGCGGUCAACAGUGUAUGAGUAUGCUUAACUUAUGGAUGAACGAAAUAUCUGGCCAAGAUUCCGUCAUCGCUUUAGAGAGAGCUUUAAACAAUAUAGGUAGAGUUGAUGUUGUGGAAAAGUGUAAUUUUGCGGAGAUCGGGCACUAUCCUUCGCAAAAUGGCGUUUACGCAGAAUCAGAGAAACAUCAAAGCUCUCAAUCUCCGAACAACAAAUACGCUGCCGAAGAGAAGGCUGUGAUUGAAGAUGAGAUCGUUAAAACCGUGACUGAGAGACGAAUGGAAAUCGAACAACGGUUGAACGGUGAACCGGUGACCAUCGAGAAGAAAUAUGAACCAUUCGCCAGGGGAGACGACGUGGUCCAGAUGACAUCUAAACCUACGGAGAUGCCCGCUGUUGAACCAAUCGAACCCACCGAGGUGUCAUUCGAACACAAACGUAUGUCAUUCGAGAGAGGCGUGUCGAUCGAACAGGUACUCCAAGAAGACAUCCCGAUUAAAGACAAAUCAUUCAUGUUGGAAGAGAAAAAGAUGACGUCGAUCGACGAAAAACCUAUCGAUGUAGACAUGGAUGUAGACGCAACGAGUUUAACGUUUCAUGAAAAGCGAUUGUCGUUCGAGCAAGGCAUACCUGUCAAGGAAAUCAUUCAAAAAAAGGUGGAGGAUACCACCACUGUUCCUGGACACGGAAAAGAAUCAACAACGGUAAUUGAAACCGAAAAGUCAGCCGUAAAGAGCGAUACAACGUUGGCAGAAGACGCAAAACUUUCCGAUACAAAAUCAGUACCAAAACCUAGUAUUGAAUUGACUAAAGACACAGAUGAGCAAAUAAGACGCGAUUCAAUAUUGUUUGAAGAAGUUUCUCAAGGUUUGGUUAAACUAGAUUCAAAUGGAUCAAAAGUAGAAGACAAAUCUGAAUUAUUAUCACCUCAAUCAUCUAGAACUCCUCCACCUAGCCCUGCGGAGUUCAAAGAAAUAGAGCAACAAAAUGAAUCUAAACAACGCCAGACAGAAUCUAUGUCUGCAGAAAAAGAACCACAAACAGCAUUGUGGUCACAGGACAAUGAUGACUUGUUGGACACUCAUGGUUUCGGUGAACAUCUCAACGGCAUUGAAACGCCAAAUUUAUCGAAGCCAAAAAUUCAUAAAUCGUUGGCGGACAUUGAUGAAGAAUUUGAGGAACGAUCGGUUGUGUUGCAUCCUUUUUUUGAUCAACCAAAAAAAGAUAUUUACGAACAAGUACAAUUUGUAAAACAUCAUGAUGAUUCACCUGCAUUUGAUAGCCCAUUGACAGAUAAAAGUGUAUCUCAUCACGAUACAGGAAUAAGUCUAACUAGAGAAUAUUCUGAUACUUUAACUAGUUCAGGAAUAAAAACAAAACCUAAACAUACAGAUACAGCUUUUGAUGAAGAAGCAGAACUCACUGAUAAUGGAUUAAGUCCAAUUCAACCUGAUGAAGUCGGACUUGCAGCUAAUGAAAUAAUAGAAAUAAAAAAGAAAAUUGGAAUGUAUGAUGCUGGAAAUAGCCCAAUAAUAUUUAUGGAGUCAAUAGCAUUAUCUCCUUUCGAAACAGUGACAAGUGAUGUAUCUACUAUUACUGAUGAUGUGAAAAAAAUUGAUGUAGCAAACAGUCCAAUAGAAUCAAAUAAAAUUCAAAGAAACAUAGACACAACAGUAGACGUAAAAAAAAUGAUAAUGCAAUUGGAAAAAUCUGGUGCAGGAGUGGAAGACGCGACGUUCCAACAAUCACCAAAAAGAAAACCACCAGUGAAAACACUUCUAUCAGAAUCAGUACUUCCAGAGGAACAUCAAACUUUAUACAUUGACAUUGACAAAAAUCAUAAGAAAAAUGAUACAAAUACAAUGAAUAUACAAUCAAAACUAGAUGAAGUAAUUAAAACUGAAAAAUGCGUGUUGGAACAUUUAGAAAAAGUUGUAGAUACCUCCAAAAAUAAUUCAGAGCUAGAAAGAAAAUUAUUGCAAAUUGUUAACAUAGAAACAAGUAUGCUGCAUAAGUUCGAAAAAAUAAUAGAUAAAAACGAUGAAAGUGUUAAUAAUUCAUGUUUAAAAAACUUAGAAAAAAAUAUUAUACCAAUUGAGAAAACUGAUGAAAAGCUUCAAAAAGUAGACACUAUGUUGGAUGCAUUACAACAAUCACCCAAAAAAUGUAGUGAAGAUAAAAUUGAAAAAAAAUAUAUAGAUACGGGAUAUAAAAAAGAAGAAAGUAUUAUGGAACCAAUUAAAGUUACAGGUAUUUCUAAAGAAUUAAAACAAUUAAUUGAUAAUGAAGAAGAAGAACAAGAAAGAAUGUAUAGAGUACUAAUGAAUGAAAAUAAUACAGAUAAAAAUAUAUAUAGCAAUAAAAUACCUGUAGUUGAAGAAAUAAUAACUCCUAAACGUGUAAAAUCAACUACCAAAAAAGAUAAUACCAUAGAUGAUUCACAAAAUAUUGAAUUCAAUAAGAUUGCCACAAAUUCUAAAGAUUCGAUAUUAUCAACAAAGGAAAAAAUAAACUUUAAUUUUAAAAAUCCAAAUUUAAAAGAGAAUGAACAAUUAAAUACAGAAAAAUAUAAAACUGAAAUAAAAGAAGUAUUAAAAAAAAAUACAAAUGACCAAAAAAAUAAAAUAUUUUAUGAAGAAGAUGAUGAAGAAGAAUCAGAUAUUUUUGAAAAAUUUACUCGAGAACAUUUAAAGAAGUCUAUAGAUCUAUCACAUAUGGACAUUGAAAAUGAUGAUAAAGAUAGAAAAAAUGAUACAAAAGAUAAAGAUUUUGAUAUUGUAGAUGAAGAAAAUGAAAUAAACAACACUAAAAAAGAUAAAUCAAUAUUAUUUAUUCCUAAAACAAUAGAAAAAGGUUUAAAAGAUAUAACGAUGACACUAACAAGUAUUGUAAAAAAAAUGGAUGUAAAUGAUAUGUCAGGAAAGAAAAAUGAGAGUGAAGGAGGAGAUAAAGAAACUAAAGUAAUAAUUGAAAGUACAAAGCAAGGGAGUGGAGAAAUAGAAUCAAAUAAACAUAAAAAUACUAAAAAAACUAAUACUAAAAAAGAUCUAAAACCUAAUAUAACCCCACAAACUCCAAUUUUAAAAAGAGAUACUUUAGCAAUAGGCAAAAUAAAAAAUGAUGAUUUAAAAAAUGACAGUAUAGAAUCUUGUAAGUAUAAUACAGAAAAAGACAUUAAAAGGGAACUAGUUGAUAAGGAAACCGAUAAUAAUGAACAAUUAAAGAUAAAUAAAGAUAUAAUUGAAAAUAAUGAACUUAUAAUUUCGACUAAUAACACAGUAAAAGAAAUAAACAAAAACAUACUAAAAACAGACGACUCUAACAUAAAUAAAAACUAUAAAACAAAAAAUAAUGAAACAGACAUAGAUAUUGACCAAACUCUGACAGAUAAAAAUAAAGAAUUAAAAACCGAUAAAAAUACAAUCAUAAAAAAAUUACCAUUAAAUCAAAAUGAAGUAAAACAAAAUUAUGAUUCAAUUAUCAAUAAUUCGAAAAAUCAAAAAGUAUUUGAGCAAAAAUAUAGUGAAAAUCAAAAUGAGAAAUUCGAAAUUGGUACAAAUAUAAAAAUCGAAAAUAAAACAAAAAGUACAACUUCAUGUUCCUAUGAAAAGUACGAAAAAACUGAAACAAAUACAAAAACAUUCAUACAAAAAACAGAAAUCGAACAAACAGAAACAAAAACAACAAAUAAUAAUCACAAAACCCAUCACAAGGAAAAAUUAAUAAAGGUUGAACCUACAGAUUUUGAAAACAUUAAAAUAAAUGAGAGAGGUGGGAUAAUAACACACGAAACUAGAAAACUUAAAAUACCAGAAGAAAAAUCUAUACCGCAACAAAAUGAAAGAGUAGAUGAACAAUCAAAAACAGAAAACAACAAAUCAAAACCUUAUAUAGAAAGUAUUGAAAGUGACAAAAUACAUUUUGAUGAGUUUUAUAAAUGGGUAGAUAAGUUAGUAGAAGAAAAAAAUGAAAAUGUAAUAAAUAAAGAAAACGAAGACAUAAAAAAACGAAUAUUUAAAACACUUAGAACAGCAUCCAUUGACAAAGAACAUAUAGAAGACGAAUCAAAUGCAGUUAAAGAAUUAAUAUCCAAUCAAGUCAUUACAAAAUACUCAAAUGAAGAGCCAAAAGAUAUACUAACAACAACUAAACCAAAAACAAAACAAACAAUAACAGAAACUGCUACCAUAUUGAAAACAAAAAGUAAAGUGAUCACCGAAAACAAAAAAACAGGCAAUUUAACAAAAAAUGUUGAGACAAUUAAAGACGGAUCAACAACGGAACAAAAUAAAAAAGAUAGCGAAAGCGUAGAACCGAAUAACACAAACAUGAAAAACAAUGUAGUACAUGGAAAUGAAAAAUACAUAAAUGUAAAAGAUAAUCCAAUAACAGUAACAUUUGAACCAAUGAUGGUACCAAAAAUAACUAAAUUCGAAAUAGUCCAACAGAUAAACAUAGAGUCAAAACCAGUUGAAAAACAAAAAACUCCAAACGAAUUUCCUGAAACGAAACAAGAAGAUCAAAUUCACUUCAUUAAAACAGAAACAAAUGAAAUAAUCGAAAUUAAAAGUAAUAAAAAAUUAUCGAAUGAAACUAUUAUGCCCGAAAAAGAUAACAAAAAACUAAAUAUCUUUAAAAUUGAUCUAAAAAAAUCUCAAACGAACAAUUCAAGUAAAUUAAUAGAUAUUCAAAACGACACAACAGAAGCAUUACAAAGUAACACUGCUUUAACUAAAUAUGAUACAAAGGAAUCAGUUAACUUAACACUCACUAAAAAGAACAUCCCUGAAACUCUAAAAGACCAGUCUAUUCUAGAUAAAAACACAAUCAAAAAAUCUGAUAGUAUUAAAUAUGAAACAAAACAAAAAUCUCAAAAAGUAAUAAAUAGUGAAUCCAAAACUACCGAAAUAAUCGAACAUGAAUUAAUAACUCACAAACCAAUAACUGAAAAAAUAGAAUUGACUAAAUCUGAUUCGAAAGAUUCGAUUAAAUCCAUAACUAGUGAAAAAGACUUGAAAGGGUUAUUAACUGACGAUAAAGAUUCAAAUAAACCAACAACUGAUAAAAUUAAUUUAACCAAAUCUGAUUCGAAAGAUUCGAUUAAAUCCGCAACUAGUGAAAAAGAGUUGACAGUAUUAUUAAAUGACGAUAAAGAUCCCAAAAAACCAACAACUGAUAAAACUGAUUUCACUAAAUCUGACUCCAAAGAAUCGAUUAAAUCUUUAACUAGUGAAAAAGAGUUGACAGUGUUAUUAACCGACGAUAAAGAUUCAAAUAAACCAACAACUGAUAAAAUUAAUUUAACCAAAUCUGAUUUGAAUGAAACAAUUAAAUUAACACCUGUUGUGCAGGACAUUCAUAAAACUCUAAAAGAUGUACCUAUUCUAGAUAAACCAACAAUCGAAAAAUCUGAUACUAUUAAAUAUGAUACAAAACAUGAAUCAGCAAAAAUAAUAAAUAUUGAGUCAAAAAUUACUGAAAUUAUCAAACAUGAAUUAAUAACUGACAAACCGAUAACUGAUAUAUUAGAAUUGACUAAAUCUGAUUCGAAAGAUUCGAUUAAAUCCAUUACUAGUGAAAAAGAGUUGACAAUAUUAUUAACUGACGAUAAAGAUCCCAAAAAACCAACAACUGAUAAAACUGAUUUAACUAAAUCUGACUCCAAAGAAUCGAUUAAAUCUUUAACUAGUGAAAAAGAGUUGAAUGUAUUAUUAACUGACGAUAAAGAUCCCAAAAAACCAACAACUGAUAAAUCUGAUUUAACUAAAUCUGAUUUGAAUGAAACAAUUAAAUUAACACCUGUUGUGCAGGACAUUCAUGAAACUCUUAAAGAUGUACCUAUUCUAGAUAAACCAACAAUCGAAAAAUCUGAUACUAUUAAAUAUUAUACAAAACAUGAAUCAGAAAAAAUAAUAAAUCUUGAAUCCAAUACUACUGAAAUUAUCAAACAUGAAUUAAUAACUGACAAACCGAUAACUGAUAUAUUAGAAUUGACUAAAUCUGAUUCGAAAGAUUCGAUUAAAUCCAUAACUAGUGAAACAGACUUGAAAGGGUUAUUAAAUGACGAUAAAGAUCCCAAAAAACCAACAACUGAUAAUAUUGAUUUAACAAAAUCUGAUUCAAAAGAUUCAAUAAUAUCAUUAACUAGUGAAAAAGACUUGAAAGGGUUAUUAACUGACGAUAAAGAUCCCAAAAAACCAACAACUGAUAAAACUGAUUUCACUAAAUCUGACUCCAAAGAAUCGAUUAAAUCAUUAACUAGUGAAAAAGAGUUGACAGUAUUAUUAAACGACGAUAAAGAUCCCAAAAAACCAACAACUGAUAUCAUAGAAUUGACUAAAUUUGAUUCGAAAGAUUCGAUUAAAUCCAUAACUAGUGAAAAAGAGUUGACAGUAGUAUUAACCGACGAUAAAGAUCCCAAAAAACCAACAACUGAUAAAAUUGAUUUAACCAAAUCUGAUUCGAAAGAUUCGAUUAUAUCUUUAACUAGUGAAAAAGAGUUGACAGUAUUAUUAACUGACGAUAAAGAUCCCAAAAAACCAACAACUGAUAAAUCUGAUUUAACUAAAUCUGAUUUGAAUGAAACAAUUAAAUUAACACCUGUUGUGCAGGACAUUCAUGAAACUCUAAAAGAUGUACCUAUUCUAGAUAAACCAACAACCGAAAAAUCUGAUAAUAUUAAAUAUGAUACAAAACAUGAAUCAGAAAAAAUAAUAAAUAUUGAAUCCAAAACUACUCAAAUUAUCAAACAAGAAAUAAUAACUGCUAAACCGAUAACAGAUAUAAUAGAAUUGACUAAAUCUGAUUCGAAAGAUUCGAUAAUAUCAUUAACUAGUGAAACAGACUUGAAAGGGUUAUUAACUGACGAUAAAGAUCCCAAAAAACCAAAAACUGAUAAUAUUGAUUUAACCAAAUCUGAUUCGAAAGAUUCGAUUAAAUCCAUAACUAGUGAAACAGACUUGAAAGGGUUAUUAAAUGACGAUAAAGAUCCCAAAAAACCAACAACUGAUAAUAUUGAUUUAACAAAAUCUGAUUCAAAAGAUUCAAUAAUAUCAUUAACUAGUGAAAAAGACUUGAAAGGGUUAUUAACUGACGAUAAAGAUCCCAAAAAACCAACAACUGAUAAAACUGAUUUCACUAAAUCUGACUCCAAAGAAUCGAUUAAAUCAUUAACUAGUGAAAAAGAGUUGACAGUAUUAUUAAACGACGAUAAAGAUCCCAAAAAACCAACAACUGAUAUCAUAGAAUUGACUAAAUUUGAUUCGAAAGAUUCGAUAAUAUCAUUAACUAGUGAAACAGACUUGAAAGGGUUAUUAACUGACGAUAAAGAUCCCAAAAAACCAACAACUGAUAAUAUUGAUUUAACCAAAUCUGAUUCGAAAGAUUCGAUUAAAUCCAUAACUAGUGAAACAGACUUGAAAGGGUUAUUAAAUGACGAUAAAGAUCCCAAAAAACCAACAAAUGAUAAAAUUGAUUUAACCAAAUCUGAUUCAAAAGAAUCGAUAAAAUCUUUAACUAGUGAAAAAGACUUGAAAGGAUUAUUAGCUGACGAUAAAGAUCCCAAAAUACCAACAGCUGUUAAAAAUGAUUUAACAACAUCUGAUUUAAAAGAAACAAUUAAAUUAACACCUGUUGAGAAGGACAUUCAUGAAACUCUUAAAGAUGUACCUAUUCUAGAUAAACCAACAAUCGAAAAAUCUGAUACUAUUAAAUAUGAUACAAAACAUGAAUCAGCAAAAAUAAUAAAUAUUGAGUCCAAAACUACUGAAAUUAUCAAACAUGAAUUAACAACUGACAAACCGAUGAGUGAUAUAUUAGAAUUGACUAAAUCAGAUUCGAAAGAUUCGAUUAAAUCAAUUACUAGUGAAAAAGAGUUGACAAUAUUAUUAACUGACGAUAAAGAUCCCAAAAAACCAACAACUGAUAAAACUGAUUUAACUAAAUCUGACUCCAAAGAAUCGAUUAAAUCUUUAACUAGUGAAAAAGAGUUGACAGUAUUAUUAACUGACGAUAAAGAUACCAAAAAACCAACAACUGAUAAAAUUGAUUUCACCAAAUCUGAUUCGAAAGAUUCGAUUAAAUCCAUAACUAGUGAAACAGACUUGAAAGGGUUAUUAAAUGACGAUAAAAAACCCAAAAAACCAACAACUGAUAAAACUGAUUUAACAAAAUCUGAUUCGAAAGAUUCAAUAAUAUCAUUAACUAGUGAAAAAGACUUGAAAGGGUUAUUAACUGACGAUAAAGAUCCCAAAAAACCAACAACUGAUAAAAUUGAUUCAACAACAUCUGAUUUAAAAGAAACAAUUAAAUUAACACCUGUUGAGAAAGACAUUCAUGAAACUCUUAAAGAUGUACCUAUUUUAGAUAAACCAACAAUCGAAAAAUCUGAUACUAUUAAAUAUGAUACAAAACAUGAAUCAGCAAAAAUAAUAAAUAUUGAGUCCAAAACUACUGAAAUUAUCAAACAUGAAUUAACAACUGACAAACCGAUAAGUGAUAUAUUAGAAUUGACUAAAUCUGAUUCGAAAGAUUCGAUUAAAUCAAUUACUAGUGAAAAAGAGUUGACAAUAUUAUUAACUGACGAUAAAGAUCCCAAAAAACCAACAACUGAUAAAAUUGAUUUAACUAAAUCUGACUCCAAAGAAUCGAUUAAAUCUUUAACUAGUGAAAAAGAGUUGACAGUAUUAUUAAUUGACGAUAAAGAUCCCAAAAAACCAACAACUGAUAAAUCUGAUAUAACUAAAUCUGAUUUGAAUGAAACAAUUAAAUUAACACCUAUUGAGAAGGACAUUCAUGAAACUCUAAAAGAUGUACCUAUUCUAGAUAAACCAACAACCGAAAAAUCUGAUAAUUUUAAAUAUGAUACAAAACAUGAAUCAGAAAAAAUAAUAAAUAUUGAGUCCAAAACUACUGAAAUUAUCAAACAUGAAUUAACAACUGACAAACCGAUAACUGAUAUAUUAGAAUUGAGUAAAUCUGAUUCGAAAGAUUCGAUUAAAUCAAUAACUAGUGAAAAAGAGUUGACAGUACUAUCAACUGACAAUAAAGAUCCCAAAAAACCAACAACUGAAAAUAUUGAUUUAACCAAAUCUGAUUCGAAAGAUACCAUUAAAUCCAUAACCAGUGAAACAGACUUGAAAGGGUUAUUAAAUGACAAUAAAGAUCCCAAAAAACCAACAACUGAUAAAAUUGAUUUAACCAAAUCUGAUUCAAAAGAAUCGAUAAAAUCUUUAACUAGUGAAAAAGACUUGAAAGGAUUAUUAGCUGACGAUAAAGAUCCCAAAAUACCAACAGCUGUUAAAAAUGAUUUAACAACAUCUGAUUUAAAAGAAACAAUUAAAUUAACACCUGUUGAGAAGGACAUUCAUGAAACUCUAAAAGAUGUACCUAUUCUUGAUAAACCAACAACCGAAAAAUCUGAUAAUAUUAAAUAUGAUACAAAACAUGAAUCAGAAAAAAUAAUAAAUAUUGAAUCCAAAACUACUCAAAUUAUCAAACAAGAAAUAAUAACUGCUAAACCGAUAACAGAUAUAAUAGAAUUGACUAAAUCUGAUUCGAAAGAUUCGAUUAAAUCAAUAACUAGUAAAAAAGAGUUGACAGGAUUAUUAAGCGACGAUAAAGAUUCCAAAAAACCAACAACUGAUAAAAUUGAUUUAACCAAAUCUAAUUCGAAAGAUUCCAUUAAAUCCAUAACUAGUGAGACGGACUUGAAAAGGUUAUUAACUGACGAUAAAGAUACCAUAAAACAAACAACUGACAAAAUUGAUUUAACAAAAUCUGAUUCGAAAGAUUCGAUUAAAUCAUUAACUAUUGAAACAGACUUGAAAGGGUUAUUAACUGACGAUAAAGAUCCCAAAAAACUAACAACUGAUAAAAUUGAUUUAACCAAAUCUGAUUCGAAAGAUUCGAUUAAAUCUUUAACUAGUGAAAAAGAGUUGACAGUAUUAUUAACUGACGAUAAAGAUCCCAAAAAACCAACAACUGAUAAAAUUGAUUUAACAACAUCUGAUUUAAAAGAAACAAUUAAAUUAACACCUAUUGAGAAGGACAUUCAUGAAACUCUUAAAGAUGUACCUAUUCUAGAGAAAUUAACAAUUGAAAAAUCUGAUACUAUUAAAUAUGAUACAAAACAUGAAUCAGGAAAAAUAAUAAAUAUUGAGUCCAAAACUACUGAAAUUAUCAAACAUGAAUUAACAACUGACAAACCGAUAAGUGAUAUAUUGGAAUUGACUAAAUCUGAUUCGAAAGAUUCGAUUAAAUCAAUAACUAGUGAAAAAGAGUUGACAAUAUUAUUAACUGACGAUAAUGAUCCCAAAAAACCAACAACUGAUAAAACUGAUUUAACUAAAUCUGACUCCAAAGAAUCGAUUAAAUCUUUAACUAGUGAAAAAGAUUUGACAUUAUUAUUAACUGACGAUAAAGAUCCCAAAAAACCAACAACUGAUAAAAUUGAUUUCACCAAAUCUGAUUCAAAAGAUUCGAUUAAAUCUAUAACUAGUGACAAAGAGUUGACUGUAUUAUUAACCGACGAUAAAGAUCCCAAAAAACCAACAACUGAUAAAAUUGAUUUAACUAAAUCUGACUCCAAAGAAUCGAUUAAAUCUUUAACUAGUGAAAAAGAGUUGACUCUAUUAUUAACCGACGAUAAAGAUCCCAAAAAACCAACAACUGAUAAAAUUGAUUUCACCAAAUCUGAUUCGAAAGAUUCGAUUAAAUCCAUAACUAGUGAAACAGACUUGAAAGAAUUAUUAAAUGACGAUAAAGAUCCCAAAAAACCAACAACUGAUAAUAUUGAUUUAACCAAAUCUGAUUCGAAAGAUUCGAUUAAAUCCAUAACCAGUGAAACAGACUUGAAAGGGUUAUUAAAUGACAAUAAAGAUCCCAAAAAACCAACAACUGAUAAAAUUGAUUUAACCAAAUCUGAUUCGAAAGAUUCGAUUAAAUCUUUAACUAGUGAAAAAGAGUUGACAGUAUUAUUAACUGACGAUAAAGAUCCCAAAAAACCAACAACUGAUAAAUCUGAUUUAACUAAAUCUGAUUUGAAUGAAACAAUUAAAUUAACACCUGUUGAGAAGGACAUUCAUGAAACUCUUAAAGAUGUACCUAUUCUAGAUAAACCAACAAUCGAAAAAUCUGAUACUAUUAAAUAUGAUACAAAACAUGAAUCGGCAAAAAUAAUAAAUAUUGAGUCCAAAACUACUGAAAUUAUCAAACAUGAAUUAACAACUGACAAACCGAUAACUGAUAUAUUAGAAUUGAGUAAAUCUGAUUCGAAAGAUUCGAUUAAAUCAUUAACUAUUGAAACAGACUUGAAAGGGUUAUUAACUGACGAUAAAGAUCCCAAAAAACUAACAACUGAUAAAAUUGAUUUAACCAAAUCUGAUUCGAAAGAUUCGAUUAAAUCUAUAACUAGUGACAAAGAGUUGACUGUAUUAUUAACCGACGAUAAAGAUCCCAAAAAACCAACAACUGAUAAAAUUGAUUUAACUAAAUCUGACUCCAAAGAAUCGAUUAAAUCUUUAACUAGUGAAAAAGAGUUGACUCUAUUAUUAACCGACGAUAAAGAUCCCAAAAAACCAACAACUGAUAAAUCUGAUUUAACUAAAUCUGAUUUGAAUGAAACAAUUAAAUUAACACUUGUUGAGAAGGACAUUCAUGAAACUCUUAAAGAUGUACCUAUUCUAGAUAAACCAACAAUCGAAAAAUCUGAUACUAUUAAAUAUGAUACAAAACAUGAAUCGGCAAAAAUAAUAAAUAUUGAGUCCAAAACUACUGAAAUUAUCAAACAUGAAUUAACAACUGACAAACCGAUAAGUGAUAUAUUGGAAUUGACUAAAUCUGAUUCGAAAGAUUCGAUUAAAUCAAUAACUAGUGAAAAAGACUUGAAAGGAUUAUUAGCUGACGAUAAAGAUCCCAAAAUACCAACAGCUGUUAAAAAUGAUUUAACAACAUCUGAUUUAAAAGAAACAAUUAAAUUAACACCUGUUGAGAAGGACAUUCAUGAAACUCUAAAAGAUGUACCUAUUCUUGAUAAACCAACAACCGAAAAAUCUGAUAAUAUUAAAUAUGAUACAAAACAUGAAUCAGAAAAAAUAAUAAAUAUUGAAUCCAAAACUACUCAAAUUAUCAAACAAGAAAUAAUAACUGCUAAACCGAUAACAGAUAUAAUAGAAUUGACUAAAUCUGAUUCGAAAGAUUCGAUUAAAUCAAUAACUAGUAAAAAAGAGUUGACAGGAUUAUUAAGCGACGAUAAAGAUUCCAAAAAACCAACAACUGAUAAAAUUGAUUUAACCAAAUCUAAUUCGAAAGAUUCCAUUAAAUCCAUAACUAGUGAGACGGACUUGAAAAGGUUAUUAACUGACGAUAAAGAUACCAUAAAACAAACAACUGACAAAAUUGAUUUAACAAAAUCUGAUUCGAAAGAUUCGAUUAAAUCAUUAACUAUUGAAACAGACUUGAAAGGGUUAUUAACUGACGAUAAAGAUCCCAAAAAACUAACAACUGAUAAAAUUGAUUUAACUAAAUCUGACUCCAAAGAAUCGAUUAAAUCUUUAACUAGUGAAAAAGAGUUGACAGUAUUAUUAACUGACGAUAAGGAUCCCAAAAAACCAACAACUGAUAAAUCUGAUUUAACUAAAUCUGAUUUGAAUGAAACAAUUAAAUUAACACCUGUUGAGAAGGACAUUCAUGAAACUCUUAAAGAUGUACCUAUUCUAGAUAAACCAACAAUCGAAAAAUCUGAUACUAUUAAAUAUGAUACAAAACAUGAAUCGGCAAAAAUAAUAAAUAUUGAGUCCAAAACUACUGAAAUUAUCAAACAUGAAUUAACAACUGACAAACCGAUAACUGAUAUAUUAGAAUUGAGUAAAUCUGAUUCGAAAGAUUCGAUUAAAUCAUUAACUAUUGAAACAGACUUGAAAGGGUUAUUAACUGACGAUAAAGAUCCCAAAAAACUAACAACUGAUAAAAUUGAUUUAACCAAAUCUGAUUCGAAAGAUUCGAUUAAAUCUAUAACUAGUGACAAAGAGUUGACUGUAUUAUUAACCGACGAUAAAGAUCCCAAAAAACCAACAACUGAUAAAAUUGAUUUAACUAAAUCUGACUCCAAAGAAUCGAUUAAAUCUUUAACUAGUGUAAAAGAGUUGACUCUAUUAUUAACCGACGAUAAAGAUCCCAAAAAACCAACAACUGAUAAAUCUGAUUUAACUAAAUCUGAUUUGAAUGAAACAAUUAAAUUAACACCAGUUGAGAAGGACAUUCAUGAAACUCUUAAAGAUGUACCUAUUCUAGAUAAACCAACAAUCGAAAAAUCUGAUACUAUUAAAUAUGAUACAAAACAUGAAUCGGCAAAAAUAAUAAAUAUUGAGUCCAAAACUACUGAAAUUAUCAAACAUGAAUUAACAACUGACAAACCGAUAAGUGAUAUAUUGGAAUUGACUAAAUCUGAUUCGAAAGAUUCGAUUAAAUCAAUAACUAGUGAAAAAGAGUUGACAAUAUUAUUAACUGACGAUAAUGAUCCCAAAAAACCAACAACUGAUAAAACUGAUUUAACUAAAUCUGACUCCAAAGAAUCGAUUAAAUCUUUAACUAGUGAAAAAGAUUUGACAUUAUUAUUAACUGACGAUAAAGAUCCCAAAAAACCAACAACUGAUAAAAUUGAUUUAACCAAAUCUGAUUCGAAAGAUUCGAUUAAAUCUUUAACUAGUGAAAAAGAGUUGACAGUAUUAUUAACUGACGAUAAAGAUCCCAAAAAACCAACAACUGAUAAAAUUGAUUUAAUAACAUCUGAUUUAAAAGAAACAAUUAAAUUAACACCUAUUGAAAAGGACAUUCAUGAAACUCUUAAAGAUGUACCUAUUCUAGAGAAACCAACAAUCGAAAAAUCUGAUACUAUUAAAUAUGAUACAAAACAUGAAUCAGGAAAAAUAAUAAAUAUUGAGUCCAAAACUACUGAAAUUAUCAAACAUGAAUUAACAACUGACAAACCGAUAAGUGAUAUAUUGGAAUUGACUAAAUCUGAUUCGAAAGAUUCGAUUAAAUCAAUAACUAGUGAAAAAGAGUUGACAAUAUUAAAAACUGACGAUAAUGAUCCCAAAAAACCAACAACUGAUAAAACUGAUUUAACUAAAUCUGACUCCAAAGAAUCGAUUAAAUCUAUAACUAGUGACAAAGAGUUGACUGUAUUAUUAACCGACGAUAAAGAUCCCAAAAAACCUACAACUGAUAAAAUUGAUUUAACUAAAUCUGACUCCGAAGAAUCGAUUAAAUCUUUAACUAGUGAAAAAGAGUUGACUCUAUUAUUAACCGACGAUAAAGAUCCCAAAAAACCAACAACUGAUAAAAUUGAUUUAACCAAAUCUGAUUCGAAAGAUUCGAUUAAAUCUUUAACUAGUGAAAAAGAGUUGACAGUAUUAUUAACUGACGAUAAAGAUCCCAAAAAACCAACAACUGAUAAAUCUGAUUUGAAUGAAACAAUUAAAUUAACACCUGUUGAGAAGGACAUUCAUGAAACUCUUAAAGAUGUACCUAUUCUAGAUAAACCAACAAUCGAAAAAUCUGAUACUAUUAAAUAUGAUACAAAACAUAAAUCAGCAAAAAUAAUAAAUAUUGAGUCCAAAACUACUGAAAUUAUCAAACAUGAAUUAACAACUGACAAACCGAUAACUGAUAUAUUAGAAUUGAGUAAAUCUGAUUCGAAAGAUUCGAUUAAAUCAAUAACUAGUGAAAAAGAGUUGACAGUACUAUCAACUGACAAUAAAGAUCCCAAAAAACCAACAACUGAUAAAAUUGAUUUCACCAAAUCUGAUUCAAAAGAUUCGAUUAAAUCUAUAACUAGUGAAAAAGAGUUGACUCUAUUAUUAACCGACGAUAAAGAUCCCAAAAAACCAACAACUGAUAAAAUUGAUUUAACCAAAUCUGAUUCGAAAGAUUCGAUUAAAUCUUUAACUAGUGAAAAAGAGUUGACAGUAUUAUUAACUGACGAUAAAGAUCCCAAAAAACCAACAACUGAUAAAUCUGAUUUGAAUGAAACAAUUAAAUUAACACCUGUUGAAAAGGACAUUCAUGAAACUCUUAAAGAUGUACCUAUUCUAGAUAAACCAACAAUCGAAAAAUCUGAUACUAUUAAAUAUGAUACAAAACAUGAAUCAGCAAAAAUAAUAAAUAUUGAGUCCAAAACUACUGAAAUUAUCAAACAUGAAUUAACAACUGACAAACCGAUAACUGAUAUAUUAGAAUUGAGUAAAUCUGAUUCGAAAGAUUCGAUUAAAUCAAUAACUAGUGAAAAAGAGUUGACAGUACUAUCAACUGACAAUAAAGAUCCCAAAAAACCAACAACUGAUAAAAUUGAUUUCACCAAAUCUGAUUCGAAAGAUUCGAUAAUAUCAUUAACUAGUGAAACAGACUUGAAAGGGUUAUUAACUGACAAUAAAGAUCCCAAAAAACUAACAACUGAUAAAAUUGAUUUAACCAAAUCUGAUUCGAAAGAUUCGAUUAAAUCUUUAACUAGUGAAAAAGGGUUGACAGUAUUAUUAACUGACGAUAAAGAUCCCAAAAAACCAACAACUGAUAAAAUUGAUUUAACAACAUCUGAUUUAAAAGAAACAAUUAAAUUAACACCUAUUGAGAAGGACAUUCAUGAAACUCUUAAAGAUGUACCUAUUCUAGAGAAACCAACAAUCGAAAAAUCUGAUACUAUUAAAUAUGAUACAAAACAUGAAUCAGGAAAAAUAAUAAAUAUUGAGUCCAAAACUACUGAAAUUAUCAAACAUGAAUUAACAACUGACAAACCGAUAAGUGAUAUAUUGGAAUUGACUAAAUCUGAUUCGAAAGAUUCGAUUAAAUCAAUAACUAGUGAAAAAGAGUUGACAAUAUUAAAAACUGACGAUAAUGAUCCCAAAAAACCAACAACUGAUAAAACUGAUUUAACUAAAUCUGACUCCAAAGAAUCGAUUAAAUCUAUAACUAGUGACAAAGAGUUGACUGUAUUAUUAACCGACGAUAAAGAUCCCAAAAAACCUACAACUGAUAAAAUUGAUUUAACUAAAUCUGACUCCAAAGAAUCGAUUAAAUCUUUAACUAGUGAAAAAGAGUUGACUCUAUUAUUAACCGACGAUAAAGAUCCCAAAAAACCAACAACUGAUAAAAUUAACUUCACCAAAUCUGAUUCGAAAGAUUCGAUUAAAUCCAUAACUAGUGAAACAGACAUGAAAGGGUUAUUAAAUGACGACGAAGAUCCCAAAAAACCAACAACUGAUAAUAUUGAUUUCACCAAAUCUGAUUCGAAAGAUUCGAUUAAAUCCAUAACCAGUGAAACAGACUUGAAAGGGUUAUUAAAUGACAAUAAAGAUCCCAAAAAACCAACAACUGAUAAAAUUGAUUUAACCAAAUCUGAUUCGAAAGAUUCGAUUAUAUCUUUAACUAGUGAAAAAGAGUUGACAGUAUUAUUAACUGACGAUAAAGAUCCCAAAAAACCAACAACUGAUAAAUCUGAUUUAACUAAAUCUGAUUUGAAUGAAACAAUUAAAUUAACACCUGUUGUGCAGGACAUUCAUGAAACUCUAAAAGAUGUACCUAUUCUAGAUAAACCAACAACCGAAAAAUCUGAUAAUAUUAAAUAUGAUACAAAACAUGAAUCAGAAAAAAUAAUAAAUAUUGAAUCCAAAACUACUCAAAUUAUCAAACAAGAAAUAAUAACUGCUAAACCGAUAACAGAUAUAAUAGAAUUGACUAAAUCUGAUUCGAAAGAUUCGAUUAAAUCAAUAACUAGUGAAAAAGAGUUGACAAUAUUAUUAACUGACGAUAAUGAUCCCAAAAAACCAACAACUGAUAAAAUUGAUUUCACCAAAUCUGAUUCGAAAGAUUCGAUAAUAUCAUUAACUAGUGAAACAGACUUGAAAGGGUUAUUAACUGACGAUAAAGAUCCCAAAAAACUAACAACUGAUAAAAUUGAUUUAACCAAAUCUGAUUCAAAAGAUUCGAUUAAAUCUAUAACUAGUGACAAAGAGUUGACUGUAUUAUUAACCGACGAUAAAGAUCCCAAAAAACCUACAACUGAUAAAAUUGAUUUAACUAAAUCUGACUCCAAAGAAUCGAUUAAAUCUUUAACUAGUGAAAAAGAGUUGACUCUAUUAUUAACCGACGAUAAAGAUCCCAAAAAACCAACAACUGAUAAAAUUGAUUUAACCAAAUCUGAUUCGAAAGAUUCGAUUAAAUCUUUAACUAGUGAAAAAGAGUUGACAGUAUUAUUAACUGACGAUAAAGAUCCCAAAAAACCAACAACUGAUAAAUCUGAUUUGAAUGAAACAAUUAAAUUAACACCUGUUGAGAAGGACAUUCAUGAAACUCUUAAAGAUGUACCUAUUCUAGAUAAACCAACAAUCGAAAAAUCUGAUACUAUUAAAUAUGAUACAAAACAUGAAUCAGCAAAAAUAAUAAAUAUUGAGUCCAAAACUACUGAAAUUAUCAAACAUGAAUUAACAACUGACAAACCGAUAACUGAUAUAUUAGAAUUGAGUAAAUCUGAUUCGAAAGAUUCGAUUAAAUCAAUAACUAGUGAAAAAGAGUUGACAGUACUAUCAACUGACAAUAAAGAUCCCAAAAAACCAACAACUGAUAAAAUUGAUUUCACCAAAUCUGAUUCGAAAGAUUCGAUAAUAUCAUUAACUAGUGAAACAGACUUGAAAGGGUUAUUAACUGACGAUAAAGAUCCCAAAAAACUAACAACUGAUAAAAUUGAUUUAACCAAAUCUGAUUUGAAAGAUUCGAUUAAAUCUUUAACUAGUGAAAAAGGGUUGACAGUAUUAUUAACUGACGAUAAAGAUCCCAAAAAACCAACAACUGAUAAAAUUGAUUUAACAACAUCUGAUUUAAAAGAAACAAUUAAAUUAACACCUAUUGAGAAGGACAUUCAUGAAACUCUUAAAGAUGUACCUAUUCUAGAGAAACCAACAAUCGAAAAAUCUGAUACUAUUAAAUAUGAUACAAAACAUGAAUCAGGAAAAAUAAUAAAUAUUGAGUCCAAAACUACUGAAAUUAUCAAACAUGAAUUAACAACUGACAAACCGAUAACUGAUAUAUUAGAAUUGAGUAAAUCUGAUUCGAAAGAUUCGAUUAAAUCAAUAACUAGUGAAAAAGAGUUGACAGUACUAUCAACUGACAAUAAAGAUCCCAAAAAACCAACAACUGAUAAAAUUGAUUUCACCAAAUCUGAUUCGAAAGAUUCGAUAAUAUCAUUAACUAGUGAAACAGACUUGAAAGGGUUAUUAACUGACGAUAAAGAUCCCAAAAAACUAACAACUGAUAAAAUUGAUUUAACCAAAUCUGACUCCAAAGAAUCGAUUAAAUCUUUAACUAGUGAAAAAGAGUUGACUCUAUUAUUAACCGACGAUAAAGAUCCCAAAAAACCAACAACUGAUAAAAUUAAUUUCACCAAAUCUGAUUCGAAAGAUUCGAUUAAAUCCAUAACUAGUGAAACAGACAUGAAAGGGUUAUUAAAUGACGAUGAAGAUCCCAAUAAACCAACAACUGAUAAUAUUGAUUUAACCAAAUCUGAUUCGAAAGAUUCGAUUAAAUCAAUAACCAGUGAAACAGACUUGAAAGGGUUAUUAAAUGACAAUAAAGAUCCCAAAAAACCAACAACUGAUAAAAUUGAUUUAACCAAAUCUGAUUCGAAAGAUUCGAUUAUAUCUUUAACUAGUGAAAAAGAGUUGACAGUAUUAUUAACUGACGAUAAAGAUCUCAAAAAACCAACAACUGAUAAAUCUGAUUUAACUAAAUCUGAUUUGAAUGAAACAAUUAAAUUAACACCUGUUGUGCAGGACAUUCAUGAAACUCCAAAAGAUGUACCUAUUCUAGAUAAACCAACAACCGAAAAAUCUGAUAAUAUUAAAUAUGAUACAAAACAUGAAUCAGAAAAAAUAAUAAAUAUUGAAUCCAAAACUACUCAAAUUAUCAAACAAGAAAUAAUAACUGCUAAACCGAUAACAGAUAUAAUAGAAUUGACUAAAUCUGAUUCGAAAGAUUCGAUUAAAUCAAUAACUAGUGAAAAAGAGUUGACAGGAUUAUUAAGCGACGAUAAAGUUCCCAAAAAACCAACAACUGAUAAAAUUGAUUUAACCAAAUCUAAUUCGAAAGAUUCGAUUAAAUCCAUAACUAGUGAGACGGACUUGAAAAGGUUAUUAACUGACGAUAAAGAUACCAUAAAACAAACAACUGACAAAAUUGAUUUAACCAAAUCUGAUUCGAAAGAUUCGAUUAUAUCUUUAACUAGUGAAAAAGAGUUGACAGUAUUAUUAACUGACGAUAAAGAUCCCAAAAAACCAACAACUGAUAAAAUUGAUUUAACAACAUCUGAUUUAAAAGAAACAAUUAAAUUAACACCUAUUGAGAAGGACAUUCAUGAAACUCUUAAAGAUGUACCUAUUCUAGAGAAACCAACAAUCGAAAAAUCUGAUACUAUUAAAUAUGAUACAAAACAUGAAUCAGGAAAAAUAAUAAAUAUUGAGUCCAAAACUACUGAAAUUAUCAAACAUGAAUUAACAACUGACAAACCGAUAAGUGAUAUAUUGGAAAUGACUAAAUCUGAUUCGAAAGAUUCGAUUAAAUCAAUAACUGGUGAAAAAGAGUUGACAGUACUAUCAACUGACAAUAAAGAUCCCAAAAAACCAACAACUGAUAAAAUUGAUUUCACCAAAUCUGAUUCGAAAGAUUCGAUAAUAUCAUUAACUAGUGAAACAGACUUGAAAGGGUUAUUAACCGACGAUAAAGAUCCCAAAAAACCAACAACUGAUAAAAUUGAUUUAACCAAAUCUGAUUCGAAAGAUUCGAUUAAAUCUUUAACUAGUGAAAAAGAGUUGACAGUAUUAUUAACUGACGAUAAAGAUCCCAAAAAACCAACAACUGAUAAAUCUGAUUUGAAUGAAACAAUUAAAUUAACACCUGUUGAGAAGGACAUUCAUGAAACUCUUAAAGAUGUACCUAUUCUAGAGAAACCAACAAUCGAAAAAUCUGAUACUAUUAAAUAUGAUACAAAACAUGAAUCAGGAAAAAUAAUAAAUAUUGAAUCCAAAACUACUGAAAUUAUCAAACAUGAAUUAACAACUGACAAACCGAUAAGUGAUAUAUUGGAUAUGACUAAAUCUGAUUCGAAAGAUUCGAUUAAAUCAAUAACUAGUGAAAAAGAGUUGACAAUAUUAUUAACUGACGAUAAUGAUCCCAAAAAACCAACAACUGAUAAAACUGAUUUCACCAAAUCUGAUUCGAAAGAUUCGAUAAUAUCAUUAACUAGUGAAACAGACUUGAAAGGGUUAUUAACUGACGAUAAAGAUCCCAAAAAACUAACAACUGAUAAAAUUGAUUUAACCAAAUCUGAUUCAAAAGAUUCGAUUAAAUCUAUAACUAGUGACAAAGAGUUGACUGAAUUAUUAACCGACGAUAAAGAUCCCAAAAAACCUACAACUGAUAAAAUUGAUUUAACUAAAUCUGACUCCAAAGAAUCGAUUAAAUCUUUAACUAGUGAAAAAGAGUUGACUCUAUUAUUAACCGACGAUAAAGAUCCCAAAAAACCAACAACUGAUAAAAUUGAUUUCACCAAAUCUGAUUCGAAAGAUUCGAUUAAAUCCAUAACUAGUGAAACAGACAUGAAAGGGUUAUUAAAUGACGAUGAAGAUCCCAAAAAACCAACAACUGAUAAUAUUGAUUUAACCAAAUCUGAUUCGAAAGAUUCGAUUAAAUCCAUAACCAGUGAAACAGACUUGAAAGGGUUAUUAAAUGACAAUAAAGAUCCCAAAAAACCAACAACUGAUAAAAUUGAUUUAACCAAAUCUGAUUUGAAAGAUUCGAUUAUAUCUUUAACUAGUGAAAAAGAGUUGACAGUAUUAUUAACUGACGAUAAAGAUCCCAAAAAACCAACAACUGAUAAAUCUGAUUUAACUAAAUCUGAUUUGAAUGAAACAAUUAAAUUAACACCUGUUGUGCAGGACAUUCAUGAAACUCUAAAAGAUGUACCUAUUCUAGAUAAACCAACAACCGAAAAAUCUGAUAAUAUUAAAUAUGAUACAAAACAUGAAUCAGAAAAAAUAAUAAAUAUUGAAUCCAAAACUACUCAAAUUAUCAAACAAGAAAUAAUAACUGCUAAACCGAUAACAGAUAUAAUAGAAUUGACUAAAUCUGAUUCGAAAGAUUCGAUUAAAUCAAUAACUAGUGAAAAAGAGUUGACAAUAUUAUUAACUGACGAUAAUGAUCCCAAAAAACCAACAACUGAUAAAAUUGAUUUCACCAAAUCUGAUUCGAAAGAUUCGAUAAUAUCAUUAACUAGUGAAACAGACUUGAAAGGGUUAUUAACUGACGAUAAAGAUCCCAAAAAACUAACAACUGAUAAAAUUGAUUUAACCAAAUCUGAUUCAAAAGAUUCGAUUAAAUCUAUAACUAGUGACAAAGAGUUGACUGUAUUAUUAACCGACGAUAAAGAUCCCAAAAAACCUACAACUGAUAAAAUUGAUUUAACUAAAUCUGACUCCAAAGAAUCGAUUAAAUCUUUAACUAGUGAAAAAGAGUUGACUCUAUUAUUAACCGACGAUAAAGAUCCCAAAAAACCAACAACUGAUAAAAUUGAUUUAACCAAAUCUGAUUCGAAAGAUUCGAUUAAAUCUUUAACUAGUGAAAAAGAGUUGACAGUAUUAUUAACUGACGAUAAAGAUCCCAAAAAACCAACAACUGAUAAAUCUGAUUUGAAUGAAACAAUUAAAUUAACACCUGUUGAGAAGGACAUUCAUGAAACUCUUAAAGAUGUACCUAUUCUAGAUAAACCAACAAUCGAAAAAUCUGAUACUAUUAAAUAUGAUACAAAACAUGAAUCAGCAAAAAUAAUAAAUAUUGAGUCCAAAACUACUGAAAUUAUCAAACAUGAAUUAACAACUGACAAACCGAUAACUGAUAUAUUAGAAUUGAGUAAAUCUGAUUCGAAAGAUUCGAUUAAAUCAAUAACUAGUGAAAAAGAGUUGACAGUACUAUCAACUGACAAUAAAGAUCCCAAAAAACCAACAACUGAUAAAAUUGAUUUCACCAAAUCUGAUUCGAAAGAUUCGAUAAUAUCAUUAACUAGUGAAACAGACUUGAAAGGGUUAUUAACUGACGAUAAAGAUCCCAAAAAACUAACAACUGAUAAAAUUGAUUUAACCAAAUCUGAUUUGAAAGAUUCGAUUAAAUCUUUAACUAGUGAAAAAGGGUUGACAGUAUUAUUAACUGACGAUAAAGAUCCCAAAAAACCAACAACUGAUAAAAUUGAUUUAACAACAUCUGAUUUAAAAGAAACAAUUAAAUUAACACCUAUUGAGAAGGACAUUCAUGAAACUCUUAAAGAUGUACCUAUUCUAGAGAAACCAACAAUCGAAAAAUCUGAUACUAUUAAAUAUGAUACAAAACAUGAAUCAGGAAAAAUAAUAAAUAUUGAGUCCAAAACUACUGAAAUUAUCAAACAUGAAUUAACAACUGACAAACCGAUAACUGAUAUAUUAGAAUUGAGUAAAUCUGAUUCGAAAGAUUCGAUUAAAUCAAUAACUAGUGAAAAAGAGUUGACAGUACUAUCAACUGACAAUAAAGAUCCCAAAAAACCAACAACUGAUAAAAUUGAUUUCACCAAAUCUGAUUCGAAAGAUUCGAUAAUAUCAUUAACUAGUGAAACAGACUUGAAAGGGUUAUUAACUGACGAUAAAGAUCCCAAAAAACUAACAACUGAUAAAAUUGAUUUAACCAAAUCUGACUCCAAAGAAUCGAUUAAAUCUUUAACUAGUGAAAAAGAGUUGACUCUAUUAUUAACCGACGAUAAAGAUCCCAAAAAACCAACAACUGAUAAAAUUAAUUUCACCAAAUCUGAUUCGAAAGAUUCGAUUAAAUCCAUAACUAGUGAAACAGACAUGAAAGGGUUAUUAAAUGACGAUGAAGAUCCCAAUAAACCAACAACUGAUAAUAUUGAUUUAACCAAAUCUGAUUCGAAAGAUUCGAUUAAAUCAAUAACCAGUGAAACAGACUUGAAAGGGUUAUUAAAUGACAAUAAAGAUCCCAAAAAACCAACAACUGAUAAAAUUGAUUUAACCAAAUCUGAUUCGAAAGAUUCGAUUAUAUCUUUAACUAGUGAAAAAGAGUUGACAGUAUUAUUAACUGACGAUAAAGAUCUCAAAAAACCAACAACUGAUAAAUCUGAUUUAACUAAAUCUGAUUUGAAUGAAACAAUUAAAUUAACACCUGUUGUGCAGGACAUUCAUGAAACUCCAAAAGAUGUACCUAUUCUAGAUAAACCAACAACCGAAAAAUCUGAUAAUAUUAAAUAUGAUACAAAACAUGAAUCAGAAAAAAUAAUAAAUAUUGAAUCCAAAACUACUCAAAUUAUCAAACAAGAAAUAAUAACUGCUAAACCGAUAACAGAUAUAAUAGAAUUGACUAAAUCUGAUUCGAAAGAUUCGAUUAAAUCAAUAACUAGUGAAAAAGAGUUGACAGGAUUAUUAAGCGACGAUAAAGUUCCCAAAAAACCAACAACUGAUAAAAUUGAUUUAACCAAAUCUAAUUCGAAAGAUUCGAUUAAAUCCAUAACUAGUGAGACGGACUUGAAAAGGUUAUUAACUGACGAUAAAGAUACCAUAAAACAAACAACUGACAAAAUUGAUUUAACCAAAUCUGAUUCGAAAGAUUCGAUUAUAUCUUUAACUAGUGAAAAAGAGUUGACAGUAUUAUUAACUGACGAUAAAGAUCCCAAAAAACCAACAACUGAUAAAAUUGAUUUAACAACAUCUGAUUUAAAAGAAACAAUUAAAUUAACACCUAUUGAGAAGGACAUUCAUGAAACUCUUAAAGAUGUACCUAUUCUAGAGAAACCAACAAUCGAAAAAUCUGAUACUAUUAAAUAUGAUACAAAACAUGAAUCAGGAAAAAUAAUAAAUAUUGAGUCCAAAACUACUGAAAUUAUCAAACAUGAAUUAACAACUGACAAACCGAUAAGUGAUAUAUUGGAAAUGACUAAAUCUGAUUCGAAAGAUUCGAUUAAAUCAAUAACUGGUGAAAAAGAGUUGACAGUACUAUCAACUGACAAUAAAGAUCCCAAAAAACCAACAACUGAUAAAAUUGAUUUCACCAAAUCUGAUUCGAAAGAUUCGAUAAUAUCAUUAACUAGUGAAACAGACUUGAAAGGGUUAUUAACUGACGAUAAAGAUCCCAAAAAACUAACAACUGAUAAAAUUGAUUUAACCAAAUCUGAUUCGAAAGAUUCGAUUAAAUCUUUAACUAGUGAAAAAGGGUUGACAGUAUUAUUAACUGACGAUAAAGAUCCCAAAAAACCAACAACUGAUAAAACUGAUUUCACCAAAUCUGAUUCGAAAGAUUCGAUAAUAUCAUUAACUAGUGAAACAGACUUGAAAGGGUUAUUAAAUGACGAUGAAGAUCCCAAAAAACCAACAACUGAUAAUAUUGAUUUAACCAAAUCUGAUUCGAAAGAUUCGAUUAAAUCCAUAACCAGUGAAACAGACUUGAAAGGGUUAUUAAAUGACAAUAAAGAUCCCAAAAAACCAACAACUGAUAAAAUUGAUUUAACCAAAUCUGAUUCGAAAGAUUCGAUUAUAUCUUUAACUAGUGAAAAAGAGUUGACAGUAUUAUUAACUGACGAUAAAGAUCCCAAAAAACCAACAACUGAUAAAUCUGAUUUAACUAAAUCUGACUCCAAAGAAUCGAUUAAAUCUUUAACUAGUGAAAAAGAUUUGACAUUAUUAUUAACUGACGAUAAAGAUCCCAAAAAACCAACAACUGAUAAAAUUGAUUUCACCAAAUCUGAUUCAAAAGAUUCGAUUAAAACUAUAACUAGUGAAAAAGAGUUGACAUUAUUAUUAACUGACGAUAAAGAUCCCAAAAAACCAACAACUGAUAAAAUUGAUUUAACCAAAUCUGAUUCGAAAGAUUCGAUAAUAUCAUUAACUAGUGACAAAGAGUUGACUGUAUUAUUAACCGACGAUAAAGAUCCCAAAAAACCUACAACUGAUAAAAUUGAUUUAACUAAAUCUGACUCCAAAGAAUCGAUUAAAUCUUUAACUAGUGAAAAAGAGUUGACUCUAUUAUUAACCGACGAUAAAGAUCCCAAAAAACCAACAACUGAUAAAAUUGAUUUAACCAAAUCUGAUUCGAAAGAUUCGAUUAAAUCUUUAACUAGUGAAAAAGAGUUGACAGUAUUAUUAACUGACGAUAAAGAUCCCAAAAAACCAACAACUGAUAAAUCUGAUUUGAAUGAAACAAUUAAAUUAACACCUGUUGAGAAGGACAUUCAUGAAACUCUUAAAGAUGUACCUAUUCUAGAGAAACCAACAAUCGAAAAAUCUGAUACUAUUAAAUAUGAUACAAAACAUGAAUCAGGAAAAAUAAUAAAUAUUGAAUCCAAAACUACUGAAAUUAUCAAACAUGAAUUAACAACUGACAAACCGAUAAGUGAUAUAUUGGAUAUGACUAAAUCUGAUUCGAAAGAUUCGAUUAAAUCAAUAACUAGUGAAAAAGAGUUGACAAUAUUAUUAACUGACGAUAAUGAUCCCAAAAAACCAACAACUGAUAAAACUGAUUUCACCAAAUCUGAUUCGAAAGAUUCGAUAAUAUCAUUAACUAGUGAAACAGACUUGAAAGGGUUAUUAACUGACGAUAAAGAUCCCAAAAAACUAACAACUGAUAAAAUUGAUUUAACCAAAUCUGAUUCAAAAGAUUCGAUUAAAUCUAUAACUAGUGACAAAGAGUUGACUGAAUUAUUAACCGACGAUAAAGAUCCCAAAAAACCUACAACUGAUAAAAUUGAUUUAACUAAAUCUGACUCCAAAGAAUCGAUUAAAUCUUUAACUAGUGAAAAAGAGUUGACUCUAUUAUUAACCGACGAUAAAGAUCCCAAAAAACCAACAACUGAUAAAAUUGAUUUCACCAAAUCUGAUUCGAAAGAUUCGAUUAAAUCCAUAACUAGUGAAACAGACAUGAAAGGGUUAUUAAAUGACGAUGAAGAUCCCAAAAAACCAACAACUGAUAAUAUUGAUUUAACCAAAUCUGAUUCGAAAGAUUCGAUUAAAUCCAUAACCAGUGAAACAGACUUGAAAGGGUUAUUAAAUGACAAUAAAGAUCCCAAAAAACCAACAACUGAUAAAAUUGAUUUAACCAAAUCUGAUUUGAAAGAUUCGAUUAUAUCUUUAACUAGUGAAAAAGAGUUGACAGUAUUAUUAACUGACGAUAAAGAUCCCAAAAAACCAACAACUGAUAAAUCUGAUUUAACUAAAUCUGAUUUGAAUGAAACAAUUAAAUUAACACCUGUUGUGCAGGACAUUCAUGAAACUCUAAAAGAUGUACCUAUUCUAGAUAAACCAACAACCGAAAAAUCUGAUAAUAUUAAAUAUGAUACAAAACAUGAAUCAGAAAAAAUAAUAAAUAUUGAAUCCAAAACUACUCAAAUUAUCAAACAAGAAAUAAUAACUGCUAAACCGAUAACAGAUAUAAUAGAAUUGACUAAAUCUGAUUCGAAAGAUUCGAUUAAAUCAAUAACUAGUGAAAAAGAGUUGACAGGAUUAUUAAGCGACGAUAAAGAUCCCAAAAAACCAACAACUGAUAAAAUUGAUUUAACCCAAUCUAAUUCGAAAGAUUCGAUUAAAUCCAUAACUAGUGAGACGGACUUGAAAAGGUUAUUAACUGACGAUAAAGAUACCAUAAAACAACCAACUGACAAAAUUGAUUUAACAAAAUCUGAUUCGACAGAUUCGAUAAUAUCAUUAACUAGUGAAACAGACUUGAAAGGGUUAUUAACUGACGAUAAAGAUCCCAAAAAACCAACAACUGAUAAUAUUGAUUUAACCAAAUCUGAUUCGAAAGAUUCGAUAAUAUCAUUAACUAGUGAAACAGACUUGAAAGGGUUAUUAACUGACGAUAAAGAUCCCAAAAAACCAACAACUGAUAAUAUUGAUUUAACCAAAUCUGAUUCGAAAGAUUCGAUUAAAUCCAUAACUAGUGAAACAGACUUGAAAGGGUUAUUAAAUGACGAUAAAAAACCCAAAAAACCAACAACUGAUAAAACUGAUUUAAUCAAAUCUGAUUCGAAAUAUUCGAUAAUAUCAUUAACUAGUGAAACAGACUUGAAAGGGUUAUCAACUGACGAUAAAGAUCCCAAAAAACCAACAACUGAUAAAAUUGAUUUAACAACAUCUGAUUUAAAAGAAACAAUUAAAUUAACACCUAUUGAGAAGGACAUUCAUGAAACUCUUAAAGAUUUACCUAUUCUAGAGAAACCAACAAUCGAAAAAUCUGAUACUAUUAAAUAUGAUACAAAACAUGAAUCAGGAAAAAUAAUAAAUAUUGAGUCCAAAACUACUGAAAUUAUCAAACAUGAAUUAACAACUGACAAACCGAUAAGUGAUAUAUUGGAAUUGACUAAAUCUGAUUCGAAAGAUUCGAUUAAAUCAAUAACUAGUGAAAAAGACUUGAAAGGGUUAUUAAAUGACGAUGAAGAUCCCAAAAAACCAACAACUGAUAAUAUUGAUUUAACCAAAUCUGAUUCGAAAGAUUCGAUUAAAUCCAUAACCAGUGAAACAGACUUGAAAGGGUUAUUAAAUGACAAUAAAGAUCCCAAAAAACCAACAACUGAUAAAAUUGAUUUAACCAAAUCUGAUUCGAAAGAUUCGAUUAUAUCUUUAACUAGUGAAAAAGAGUUGACAGUAUUAUUAACUGACGAUAAAGAUCCCAAAAAACCAACAACUGAUAAAACUGAUUUCACCAAAUCUGAUUCGAAAGAUUCGAUAAUAUCAUUAACUAGUGAAACAGACUUGAAAGGGUUAUUAAAUGACGAUGAAGAUCCCAAAAAACCAACAACUGAUAAUAUUGAUUUAACCAAAUCUGAUUCGAAAGAUUCGAUUAAAUCCAUAACCAGUGAAACAGACUUGAAAGGGUUAUUAAAUGACAAUAAAGAUCCCAAAAAACCAACAACUGAUAAAAUUGAUUUAACCAAAUCUGAUUCGAAAGAUUCGAUUAUAUCUUUAACUAGUGAAAAAGAGUUGACAGUAUUAUUAACUGACGAUAAAGAUCCCAAAAAACCAACAACUGAUAAAUCUGAUUUAACUAAAUCUGAUUUGAAUGAAACAAUUAAAUUAACACCUGUUGUGCAGGACAUUCAUGAAACUCUAAAAGAUGUACCUAUUCUAGAUAAACCAACAACCGAAAAAUCUGAAAAUAUUAAAUAUGAUACAAAACAUGAAUCAGAAAAAAUAAUAAAUAUUGAAUCCAAAACUACUCAAAUUAUCAAACAAGAAAUAAUAACUGCUAAACCGAUAACAGAUAUAAUAGAAUUGACUAAAUCUGAUUCGAAAGAUUCGAUUAAAUCAAUAACUAGUGAAAAAGAGUUGACAAUAUUAUUAACUGACGAUAAUGAUCCCAAAAAACCAACAACUGAUAAAACUGAUUUAACUAAAUCUGACUCCAAAGAAUCGAUUAAAUCUUUAACUAGUGAAAAAGAUUUGACAUUAUUAUUAACUGACGAUAAAGAUCCCAAAAAACCAACAACUGAUAAAAUUGAUUUCACCAAAUCUGAUUCAAAAGAUUCGAUUAAAACUAUAACUAGUGAAAAAGAGUUGACAUUAUUAUUAACUGACGAUAAAGAUCCCAAAAAACCAACAACUGAUAAAAUUGAUUUAACCAAAUCUGAUUCAAAAGAUUCGAUUAAAUCUAUAACUAGUGACAAAGAGUUGACUGUAUUAUUAACCGACGAUAAAGAUCCCAAAAAACCUACAACUGAUAAAAUUGAUUUAACUAAAUCUGACUCCAAAGAAUCGAUUAAAUCUUUAACUAGUGAAAAAGAGUUGACUCUAUUAUUAACCGACGAUAAAGAUCCCAAAAAACCAACAACUGAUAAAAUUGAUUUAACCAAAUCUGAUUCGAAAGAUUCGAUUAAAUCUUUAACUAGUGAAAAAGAGUUGACAGUAUUAUUAACUGACGAUAAAGAUCCCAAAAAACCAACAACUGAUAAAUCUGAUUUGAAUGAAACAAUUAAAUUAACACCUGUUGAGAAGGACAUUCAUGAAACUCUUAAAGAUGUACCUAUUCUAGAGAAACCAACAAUCGAAAAAUCUGAUACUAUUAAAUAUGAUACAAAACAUGAAUCAGGAAAAAUAAUAAAUAUUGAGUCCAAAACUACUGAAAUUAUCAAACAUGAAUUAACAACUGACAAACCGAUAAGUGAUAUAUUGGAUAUGACUAAAUCUGAUUCGAAAGAUUCGAUUAAAUCAAUAACUAGUGAAAAAGAGUUGACAAUAUUAUUAACUGACGAUAAUGAUCCCAAAAAACCAACAACUGAUAAAACUGAUUUCACCAAAUCUGAUUCGAAAGAUUCGAUAAUAUCAUUAACUAGUGAAACAGACUUGAAAGGGUUAUUAACUGACGAUAAAGAUCCCAAAAAACUAACAACUGAUAAAAUUGAUUUAACCAAAUCUGAUUCAAAAGAUUCGAUUAAAUCUAUAACUAGUGACAAAGAGUUGACUGAAUUAUUAACCGACGAUAAAGAUCCCAAAAAACCUACAACUGAUAAAAUUGAUUUAACUAAAUCUGACUCCAAAGAAUCGAUUAAAUCUUUAACUAGUGAAAAAGAGUUGACUCUAUUAUUAACCGACGAUAAAGAUCCCAAAAAACCAACAACUGAUAAAAUUGAUUUCACCAAAUCUGAUUCGAAAGAUUCGAUUAAAUCCAUAACUAGUGAAACAGACAUGAAAGGGUUAUUAAAUGACGAUGAAGAUCCCAAAAAACCAACAACUGAUAAUAUUGAUUUAACCAAAUCUGAUUCGAAAGAUUCGAUUAAAUCCAUAACCAGUGAAACAGACUUGAAAGGGUUAUUAAAUGACAAUAAAGAUCCCAAAAAACCAACAACUGAUAAAAUUGAUUUAACCAAAUCUGAUUUGAAAGAUUCGAUUAUAUCUUUAACUAGUGAAAAAGAGUUGACAGUAUUAUUAACUGACGAUAAAGAUCCCAAAAAACCAACAACUGAUAAAUCUGAUUUAACUAAAUCUGAUUUGAAUGAAACAAUUAAAUUAACACCUGUUGUGCAGGACAUUCAUGAAACUCUAAAAGAUGUACCUAUUCUAGAUAAACCAACAACCGAAAAAUCUGAUAAUAUUAAAUAUGAUACAAAACAUGAAUCAGAAAAAAUAAUAAAUAUUGAAUCCAAAACUACUCAAAUUAUCAAACAAGAAAUAAUAACUGCUAAACCGAUAACAGAUAUAAUAGAAUUGACUAAAUCUGAUUCGAAAGAUUCGAUUAAAUCAAUAACUAGUGAAAAAGAGUUGACAGGAUUAUUAAGCGACGAUAAAGAUCCCAAAAAACCAACAACUGAUAAAAUUGAUUUAACCCAAUCUAAUUCGAAAGAUUCGAUUAAAUCCAUAACUAGUGAGACGGACUUGAAAAGGUUAUUAACUGACGAUAAAGAUACCAUAAAACAAACAACUGACAAAAUUGAUUUAACAAAAUCUGAUUCGACAGAUUCGAUAAUAUCAUUAACUAGUGAAACAGACUUGAAAGGGUUAUUAACUGACGAUAAAGAUCCCAAAAAACCAACAACUGAUAAUAUUGAUUUAACCAAAUCUGAUUCGAAAGAUUCGAUAAUAUCAUUAACUAGUGAAACAGACUUGAAAGGGUUAUUAACUGACGAUAAAGAUCCCAAAAAACCAAAAACUGAUAAUAUUGAUUUAACCAAAUCUGAUUCGAAAGAUUCGAUUAAAUCCAUAACUAGUGAAACAGACUUGAAAGGGUUAUUAAAUGACGAUAAAAAACCCAAAAAACCAACAACUGAUAAAACUGAUUUAAUCAAAUCUGAUUCGAAAUAUUCGAUAAUAUCAUUAACUAGUGAAACAGACUUGAAAGGGUUAUCAACUGACGAUAAAGAUCCCAAAAAACCAACAACUGAUAAAAUUGAUUUAACAACAUCUGAUUUAAAAGAAACAAUUAAAUUAACACCUAUUGAGAAGGACAUUCAUGAAACUCUUAAAGAUGUACCUAUUCUAGAUAAACCAAUAAUCGAAAAAUCUGAUACUAUUAAAUAUGAUACAAAACAUGAAUCAGCAAAAAUAAUAAAUAUUGAGUCCAAAACUACUGAAAUUAUCAAACAUGAAUUAACAACUGACAAACCGAUAACAGAUAUAAUAGAAUUGACUAAAUCUGAUUCGAAAGAUUCGAUUAAAUCAAUAACUAGUGAAAAAGAGUUGACAGGAUUAUUAAGCGACGAUAAAGAUCCCAAAAAACCAACAACUGAUAAAAUUGAUUUAACCCAAUCUAAUUCGAAAGAUUCGAUUAAAUCCAUAACUAGUGAGACGGACUUGAAAAGGUUAUUAACUGACGAUAAAGAUACCAUAAAACAAACAACUGACAAAAUUGAUUUAACAAAAUCUGAUUCGACAGAUUCGAUAAUAUCAUUAACUAGUGAAACAGACUUGAAAGGGUUAUUAACUGACGAUAAAGAUCCCAAAAAACCAACAACUGAUAAUAUUGAUUUAACCAAAUCUGAUUCGAAAGAUUCGAUAAUAUCAUUAACUAGUGAAACAUACUUGAAAGGGUUAUUAACUGACGAUAAAGAUCCCAAAAAACCAACAACUGAUAAUAUUGAUUUAACCAAAUCUGAUUCGAAAGAUUCGAUUAAAUCCAUAACUAGUGAAACAGACUUGAAAGGGUUAUUAAAUGACGAUAAAAAACCCAAAAAACCAACAACUGAUAAAACUGAUUUAAUCAAAUCUGAUUCGAAAUAUUCGAUAAUAUCAUUAACUAGUGAAACAGACUUGAAAGGGUUAUCAACUGACGAUAAAGAUCCCAAAAAACCAACAACUGAUAAAAUUGAUUUAACAACAUCUGAUUUAAAAGAAACAAUUAAAUUAACACCUAUUGAGAAGGACAUUCAUGAAACUCUUAAAGAUUUACCUAUUCUAGAGAAACCAACAAUCGAAAAAUCUGAUACUAUUAAAUAUGAUACAAAACAUGAAUCAGGAAAAAUAAUAAAUAUUGAGUCCAAAACUACUGAAAUUAUCAAACAUGAAUUAACAACUGACAAACCGAUAAGUGAUAUAUUGGAAUUGACUAAAUCUGAUUCGAAAGAUUCGAUUAAAUCAAUAACUAGUGAAAAAGAGUUGACAAUAUUAUUAACUGACGAUAAUGAUCCUAAAAAACCAACAACUGAUAAAACUGAUUUAACUAAAUCUGACUCCAAAGAAUCGAUUAAAUCUUUAACUAGUGAAAAAGAGUUGACAUUAUUAUUAACUGACGAUAAAGAUCCCAAAAAACCAACAACUGAUAAAAUUGAUUUCACCAAAUCUGAUUCAAAAGAUUCGAUUAAAUCUAUAACUAGUGAAACAGACUUGAAAGGGUUAUUAACUGACGAUAAAGAUCCCAAAAAACCAACAACUGAUAAUAUUGAUUUAACCAAAUCUGAUUCGAAAGAUUCGAUUAAAUCCAUAACUAGUGAAACAGACUUGAAAGGGUUAUUAAAUGAUGAUAAAGAUCCCAAAAAACCAACAAAUGAUAAAAUUGAUUUAACCAAAUCUGAUUCAAAAGAAUCGAUAAAAUCUUUAACUAGUGAAAAAGACUUGAAAGGAUUAUUAGCUGACGAUAAAGAUCCCAAAAUACCAACAGCUGUUAAAAAUGAUUUAACAACAUCUGAUUUAAAAGAAACAAUUAAAUUAACACCUGUUGAGAAGGACAUUCAUGAAACUCUUAAAGAUGUACCUAUUCUAGAUAAACCAAUAAUCGAAAAAUCUGAUACUAUUAAAUAUGAUACAAAACAUGAAUCAGCAAAAAUAAUAAAUAUUGAGUCCAAAACUACUGAAAUUAUCAAACAUGAAUUAACAACUGACAAACCGAUAACAGAUAUAAUAGAAUUGACUAAAUCUGAUUCGAAAGAUUCGAUUAAAUCAAUAACUAGUGAAAAAGAGUUGACAGGAUUAUUAAGCGACGAUAAAGAUCCCAAAAAACCAACAACUGAUAAAAUUGAUUUAACCAAAUCUAAUUCGAAAGAUUCGAUUAAAUCCAUAACUAGUCAGACGGACUUGAAAAGGUUAUUAACUGACGAUAAAGAUACCAAAAAACCAACAACUGAUAAAAUUGAUUUAACCAAAUCUGAUUUAAAAGAAACAAUUAAAUUAACACCUGUUGAGAAAGACAUUCAUGAAACUCUUAAAUAUGUACCUAUUCUAGAUAAACCAACAAUCGAAAAAUCUGAUACUAUUAAAUAUUAUACAAAACAUGAAUCAGCAAAAAUAAUAAAUAUUGAGUCCAAAACUACUGAAAUUAUCAAACAUGAAUUAACAACUGACAAACCGAUAAGUAAUAUAUUAGAAUUGAGUAAAUCUGAUUCGAAAGAAUCGAUAAAAUCUUUAACUACUGAAAAAGAGUUGACAGUAUUAUUAACCGACGAUAAAGAUCCCAAAAAACCAACAACUGAUAAAAUUGAUUUAACCAAAUCUGAUUCGAAAGAUUCGAUUAAAUCCAUAACUAGUGAAACAGAUUUGAAAAAAUUAUUAACUGACGAUAAAGAUACCAAAAAACCAACGGCUGUUAAAACUGAUUUAACAAAACCUGAUUUAAAAGAAACAAUUAAAUUAACACCUGUUGAGAAGGACAUUCGUGAAACUCUAAAAGAUGUACCUAUUCUAGAUAAUUCAACAAUCGAAAAAUCUGGUACUAUUAAAUAUGAUUCAAAACAUGAAUCAGAAAAAAUAAUAAAUAUUGAAUCCAAAACUACUGAAAUUAUCAAACAUGAAAUAAUAACUGACAAACCGAUAACAGAUAUACUAGAAUUGACUAAAUCUGAUUCGAAAGAUUCGAUUAAAUCAAUUACUAGUGAAAAAGAUUUGACAGUAUUAUUAACUGACGAUAAAGAUCCCAAAAUACCAACAGCUGAUUUAACUGAUUUAACUAAAUCUGACUCAAAUGAAUCUAUUCAAUUUAAGCCAGUUGAAUUUAAUUUACCUAAAACUUUAUCAGACUCCGCUACGGUGAUUAAACCUAUAUUCGAAAAAUCUGACACUUCUAAAUUUGAUACUUUCGAUGAGUCUCGAAAAUUAAUAAAUAUUGAAACCAAUACUACAGAAAUAUUUUCACAUGAAAUAAUUACCGGUAAACCUUUAUCUGAAUCUACUGCUGUAACAGAGUCCUACUCUAAUGAAAUAAUCUGUAGUGAAAAUAGUUUUGAUGAAAUCGUAAGAAGCAAGCCUGAGAAUUUUUUGAGCUCCAAUCUCAAAUUAUGUGAUUCUUUAGACCCUGACAUAUCACUUGAUAGUCUUACGAAUAAAUUUGAAGUGUCUUAUUUCGAUAAUUUAGCUACUUCGUCUAAUUCUUACCAAUUCGACACUAAGACUAUUUCCGAAGUUAAUAACACAUCUCUAUUGCCCGAGAUCAAUAAUUCUGUUUCAUCUCAUUUAUCUACUAAUGAAUAUGAUAAUGAUUCCUUUAUUAUUAAUGAUGACCAUGGUAGUACUGAAAUAUGUUGUUUGGAUAAUUUAGAAGUUGAUACAUCAACUUCUGUAGGUAGAGAUAUAUCCUUAAAUAAUUUAAGAGAUACAUUUUUUGAAAAGUCAAAUAUUGAAUUAAGUGAUAAUCUUUGCGAGUUUAUGAACGUAACAUCUACAACUUUAGAUCAUUUUGAGUUUGAUCAUAGCUUGAAUGAUUCCGAGAAUGGUGAAAAUAGAAGUGUGAAGCUUAAAACAGAGGAAAAAACUGGUUUUUAUAAUUCUAACGUUAGUAAUGAAUAUAUAGAAAAUACUUUAAUACAUCAUAAAUUGAAAAAUGUUGACUUUCUUGAAAAGUCCUCCACCAGUAGUACUACACCUCAAACUGAUAGUGCUCCAUCAAAUAAUUCAGUUAAUGUUAUUGAUAGUAAUACAAAAGAGAAAUAUGUAAGUAAAAAAUCGUAUGGACUUCGAAAAUCAGAUAUUACAAUGUCAAGCUUCAGUUCUUCUAAAAAAUCAAAAGAUUUAGAUAGUGUUAAAAAUGAAUAUAUUAAAAGGAAUACUAAAUUAAAAGAAAUUAUCAAACCCGAAAGUAUUGGAGUUACACGUAGUUCUUCAUUACGUUCUUACACAUCUACAAUAUCUAAAUCAUCUAUGGCAUCUAAUAAAUCAAAAGUUACGAGAUCUGAAAGUACAAAAACUGUUCGUUCAUCUUUUGAAUCCAAAUCAUCGAUGCAUAAUGUUAGUGUAUCGAGUCAAAGAAGAUUUGUUAAUUCCAAAUCCAAUUUAAUAAAAUCUUCAAGUAGCUUAAGAACAAAAGCUGAUACUGAAUUGACAGAUUUCAAAUCAUUGAACUCUUCUAAAAAAAUAACGCAAAAUAUUGUAUCAUCUCUUGGAUCUGAAAUUGAAACCGUAGAUAACAGUGAAUGCAAAUCUUCAACUUUCAUAUCUAAGAACCAAACUUUAAAUCAGUCAUUUACAAAAAAGUCAAAUAUCCGUCAAGAAUUUAAUCCUGAAAUUAAAAACAAUCAAAAAACACGUGAAAAUGUAACUUCAAUAAAAGUUUCAACUUCAACUAAAAUAUCAAACGAAUCAUCAACAAAAUCAAUUACCACCGUAAAUAAAAAAAACUAUUCAAAAAUUGAUCAACUUUCAAGUACUAAGCUAUUAGAUGCAAAACGUUCAUCAAGUAAUAUUUUGACAAGUGUUUUACAUCCACCACUUGAAUCACAAGGUACGAAUAAUAAAUUAUCAGUCACAAAUAAAAUGUUAAAUAAAAAAUUUAAUAAACCAGAAAUAGAUAAAUAUCGUAAAACAACUGUAAAUGAAAAAUUAAAAAAUAAACAAGUGUUGGAAGUACCCGAAACUUCUCCCAAACCUAAAUUAAAAAGUUAUAUGGCGUCUACUGAAUCUCGCAAUAGAAAACUUGAAAAUAUUUCUCAUUUUCACAGUAAAACAUCUGAUGUUUCAACAAAAUAUCAGCGUAUAAUAUCUGAUAAACAAAAGAAAGUUCCUACGUCUCCGUCAAAAAUACCUAUUAAAGAUAAUUCAAAUAAAAUUACAACUAAAAAGAAUUUGUCACUUUUGGAUACACGAUCAGCAUCUGUUUCGGACCCAAGAGUCUUAAGUGCUCCGUCACAAAGAAGUGGUUUUGACUUUAUGUCUUCACCUAGAAAAAUAAGUCCAACAUCAUUACCAGUAAGUCCGGCUCACAGGUGUUUAAAGGCUGAUAAAAAAAUCAGUUCAGUAUUAAUUACAUCAGAAGUCUUCUCAAGCUCCUCAGAUCGUGUUUCAUCUGUAGAAUUAGUAUAUGAGCAACCAAAACGUUCUUCUUGUUCAUCAAUGUCCGAACAACAACCUGCUUCUAUAACAGAAUCAGUAUCAUUAGAUGAUGAGGAAACUACUCAUUCUUCAACCUCAGACACCAAUCGAGAUUCCGAGAUAAACUCAAACAUUUUUGACGAUUCAUCAAUAGAAUUGAAUUUAGUUUUGGACAAUUCAACUCAAUUUUCAUUAUCUAAUGAAAUGUCAGAAGAAAGCAAAAUAAACUUACCCCAGAUUGCAAUAACUGCAUAUGAGUCUAAUGAGGAAGAUAUUGAAGUGACGAAUCUAUUAAAUGGAGCUAAUGAGCAAAAUAAUACUAAGAUACAAGAACCACGAUCAGUUUCUCCUAAACCGAACAAACAUAAAUCAAGAAUUAUAUUGAAAUCACCCAUUACAACACAUUUACAAAAGUCACUUUCUCCUUGUUUGUCAGAUUUGAAUAGCUAUACAGAUGUUGAAGUUAUAUCUGAUUCAGAUGAUGAAAAGUAUUAUAUUCGAACUCCUAAUCUUUCGCCAGGACCUAUAGAUUAUUUCAUUUUGACAGAUGUCGAAGACUUAAGUGAAGAUGAAGGAUAUGAAAAAAACAAUAAGGUUAUAGAUGAACUUACUGAUAUUGAACAUUUCACUGAUGAUAAAGGUAUAAUAAAUGAAGUCGAACACACAGCACCCUCUUUAGAAUCAAUACCUUAUUUUCCACAGCCACAUAGAGAAAUAUUAUUUCACUCAAAAGAUGGGACAAUAAGUGCAUUAUCAUCAACGGAACAAUCAAACCCUAUUUGGCUCAAAUCCCCAAACGAAGAAGUUAAAGGUUUUGAAUCCGAAGAAGAAAUUAUAACAGUUGAAGAACACGGAGACACAGAAUCAUGUUUUAAUAAAAAUAAUACAUAUUACCAUGAUAUAGAUGUAGGUGUAGUGGAAUCUAUAGAAACUGUCAAACAAGAUCGAUGUAAACAUAAAUAUAGAAAUCGAGUAAUGGCAUCAAAAAAAAAUAUAACACCUGAAGCAGAAUUUGGUAAAAAACGAUAUCGAUUAAAAAAUCGAUGUAAUUCAGAAAUAGAAGAAAGUUUUGAAAAACGUUCGGAAGAAAAUAAAAAAAAAACAUUAUCAAAAUACAUGUCUGAACCCACUUUAAGCAAUGUGGCAAUUCCUAAACAAGAUCAAAAUAUUAAGACAAAUAAAAUCAAAAACCAAGAAAAUAAUACAUUUAUAAUACAUGACAACAGAAAUGGUUUUAGUAUUUCUAUUGACUUUCAAAGUCAGAAUUCGGUAUUAUUAAGCGUUGGUAGGGAUUACGGAAAUUUAUCAAUGAGAUGGUUUAAUGAUGGAAUAAUGACAGGGAAUGAAGCUAAUCAAAUUCAACAACAAAAUGCAAAGUCUAUAGAUAAUUCUGAGCGCAGCCCAGAAUUAACAACUAACGCCAACAACUUAGCACUACAAAACUCCAUAGAUAAAAUCCCACCUAAACCAAAUCCUAGACAUUCCAUUGACAGUAGUGUUACGGCUUCUUUAGAUGAAGAUGAUGUAAACUAUACUACAAAAAAACAAUUUUGGGAAGAAAUAACCAAAACUAAUCAACCUCCUCUACCAAAACCUAGAUAUAGUAUUUCAUUACCAAUAAAAGAUUCAAAAAUAACUGUAACGAAAAAUGCUUCUUUAGAACUCUUCGAAAAUUCAUUCGGUGCUUCUGAUAAUACAGAAGUGCCUGAAAUGAUCAACAAACCAAUGACAAGUAACCAAACUACAGAAAAAACUGUAGUUUCUGAGUUCACUUGUCUGAAGUCGGAAUUACUCGAUGAACAACCACAUAUACCACAACUAGAAACAAAUGAUGUUAAAGAAACUAAACGAUUAGAUUCUGAAACAGAAUAUAUUAUUAAAUAUGGAGAAGAAUCAUUAGCAUUUGAAAAUGAAGGGUUUCAAGAAGAUGUUUUUGAUGAUAAAAUUUCCACUAAAACGGAAAAUUCUCAGUUUUCAAAUAAAAAAAAAAUGGACACAAAAAAUAGAUCAAUGUCAUUACCAUCUCAUCAAAUUGAACAUGUUUCCUCUAAAAAGUAUAUUCAGCAAAUUAAACCACAAAUGGAAGGUAUACAAAUGGAACAAGAAUCCUCACCUGAACAUAAAUCUUUGAAAUCUACAACACAUCAACAAUCUCCAAGCCAAGAAGUUCUUAUUAAUCGCCAAAUUCAUAAACACAUUUUUUCUAAUGAAUUAGACGAGCAAAUAGAUUCAUUAAUACCAGAAGAAAAAUAUUUAGGCUUAAAAUGUGAAAAAAGUAUUUCAAUAAACUCAAUACAUUCGUCAUCUGAUAAAAUUUCUGGAAGUACAAGUGAAAAAUCAAUUACAAAAACCGAAUCUGCUGAAUCAUCUGUUCUUGAUGAUUUGCCGGAAGAAAUUAAAUUAAACAAAGUCAUUUCAAAACAAUCAAAAGACAAAAAUUCAUCAAGUUUAACUCAGGAUCAUAUUGAUGAAAUUCCUUCUGACACUUGUUCGUUUAUUGAAGAAAAAGAAAAAUCUAUUUUACAAACUGAAUCAAUUGACUCUUCAAUGAUUGAUGACGAAUUACAUCAUGAAAUAGAAAACGAAAAAAAAAUGAGUUCACAAAUCAUACCAGAUCGUAUUAUUCACACUCCAGAAGAACACAUUCCAGACACAAUAUGGGAAGUUACACAACUCGGAACGGAUGAACAAGAUUUAGAGAACAUUGAUAUCAAAGAUCAAUGUCUUUUCCAUCAAAAUUUUGUUCAACAAGUCGAUUCUAUAGAAUCUCUCGAAAACACAAAAAAAGAAAUGACUGGAGAAUUGGCGAGAACUAUAGCUGAACAAUUAAUUAAUGAAAUUGAAAUCGAGCUUACAAAACGUCACGAUGUGUUGGCCAACUUACAUCAUUUAAUGAUGUCACCUGAUCAAUUUCAACAACUAGAAAAUAGUGGAUAUUUAGAUAUGGAAGGAGAAGAUUUGCAAUUAAAAAUUAUGGAAUCAGUAUUAGCAAAAAAAUCCAGGGACCAAUUAAAAAGUAUAUCAAAACAUGAUACAAUUACUUCAAGCAUUGAAAUUACAGACGAGGAUUUAAAAAGCAGUGGUUUUGAAAUAGAAUACGAAGGAAUAACAAAAUCACAUAUCACUGAGCAUACUAUUCCAGAAAGUGAUUACGAAAAAUCUAAAACAAAUCCCUCCAAUAAAGACCCGGAUAUGUUUAAUGAAUAUGGACAAUCUUCACAUGAUGAAAAAGAAAAUUAUUAUAAAGAGGCAAACGAUAAUUUAAUUAUUGAAGCUUAUAUAAAAGAACAACAAAAUGAAAACGAUAAACGAAUAGAAUCUCAACAAAAAGAUUAUUUUUCGAGUGGACAGGUUGAUCAUAAAUUAAUGUCUCGUAAUUACUACAAAGAUACUAAAACUGAUGUUCUUGAAAAUAAAAUAAUUAAUGUAAAUGAUCAAAAAAUAGAAACACAGGAGCUUGGGUCAUAUUACAAUUCCAAUGAUGAUAAUAGUGUACACGAUAUUCUUAAUACGAGUAAAACGUCAGAUACUGAAAAAGGAAAAAUAGUCAAAGAACAUUUUGUAGAAAAUGAUAGUCAUAAAUUUCACUCUAAAGAAUGUUUUGAAGUGAAAAAUAAACAAGUGAUACAUGGGAAGACUGGAAAUAUUAUUAACAAUGAAAAACACGUUGAUACAUUGAUAAAAGAUUUCGAUGAUGAAUUGAUAAAAGAAAAACAGCACUCAGAACAAAUCACAGAUGAUGGAUUGGAAAUCUGUAAUAUAGACAGAAAAGAAUACCGAGCAACAUCUUGUAUUUUGAAAGAAACUGUGAACGAUUAUAAAAACGAAGUAACAUUAAUAAAAGAAUUCGAGCCAUGUUCAUCAAAGUCACUGACCAAACAAUUAAGCACGGAAUCUUCUCCUUCAAAAGAAAAUUCUGUACACUCACCAACUUCCCCAUCAUCAUCUUCGGUUGAUAUUCGUGAAGAAAAACGAGUGAAUUUUGACACCGUUGUCUUAAGAAAAGCUGAUUCUAUUAAUAUAAAUAAACUAUCAACAAAAAAACCUGCAGAUUCCAGUUCAAGUGAUAGCCAUUAUCAUUCAUUUGAUCUCACGUCAUCUAGCAGACCAUGUUCGUCAGACGUGGAUGGGCUUUUAGCUGGAUCUUCUGAAUAUGAAUCUGCAAUUUCAGUACCAUCAAAUGAGUAUCACACAGCAAUAAGUUCGCUGAGCUCAAGAGAAUCAAUGAAAUCUCUAGAUUCAGAAAGCUCUGGAAACCUUGCUUCAGUGGAAAACAGUGAAGCAUCUGAAACACUUAUUGCAUCAACUGGAGAUUUAGAUUUUGACCAAGAAGGUACAAACUCAAUUUUAGAAGAUGAAGAUAAAAUAGAACCAUACGAACAAGAAAUACCUAUGCAUAUAAUUAGAGGAGAAUCCUUACCAAUAAUAGCAGAGCUAACUGAAAUGAAGUACAGUUGCAUGUAUAAAACUCAACCAUUUUCUCAACCAGCUAUUAAUAGUGAAAAAAAUAUGCAAAAAAUGAAAAGAUCACAUGAAAUGACUUUUCAUCCUAUGCCGAAACAUAUAACUAGUGACAGCUUAUCCGAUUCAUCAUCACAUGAAGAAAAAUUAUUUUCUAGUGAAGAUGCUAGUAUGAGUAUAUCAAGUACAGAAGGCCAAGCAAUCCAAACUGUUGUUGAAGCAAUGAAUGGAUUUCCUGAAUCUGGAACAUGCAGUUUUAGUUUCAGUGAUGAAAAUACAAAAUCUGUUGAAACUUUGACUAUACAAAAUGAAGAUGAAUAUCAUGACAAUGACAACAAAUGUGUAACAAUUCUAUCAUCCUCAGUACCAACAGAAUAUGGUAUUAAUCAUAAUGUAUGUACUCAAAUGACUACAAAGUCAGAAGAUGUACAAAAAAAAGGACACCGAAGAAAUAGUAGUUCAUUUAGUAAGAUACUGAUGGAAGAUUUGGAUACUAUCGAAAACAAAGAAAUUGUAGAUACAGAUGCAUUAAAAGAAUGUACAGUUUAUAACCAACAUUCAGACCAUAUUCAAGAUGUAUCUAAAAAAAAAAUUGAAAAUAUACCAUCAAAAGAUGCACAUAUUUUGGAUUUAGAAAAAGAAAUUCCUUUAAUACAUGAUAAACACAAUUUUGAUAUGCAUGGAAAUAUAUCUGAUAAACAUAGUUUUGAUCAUAUUGAUGAUAUUGCCGAAUCAGAUGCCGCUUUUCAAAUGGUACCUCAUGUAUCACCAGCAAUACCCGCUUCUUUACCUCCCACAAUACCAGAGGAUCCCUUUUCAGAAGAUGAGGAUGAUUUAAUAGACAAUUCUACAGAUACGGUUCCUAAUAUUAUGAUAACAGAACAUAUGGCUCCUUUGAUUGAUCGAGGUUUUCAUUACCCUGACUUGGACCUAGAAGCUAAGGAACUCGAAAUUAAAUCAUCAACCCCACAAACCCCUGCAUCAAUUAGUAGUAAAGAAUCAUCAGAUACAGAUCAGGGUAGAGAAUACAUAAUAAAUGAAGAGUAUGACCCACACGAAGAACCUUCAUGGACUGGUGAGGAACAAACAGUUCUUGAAAAUGUUGAAGAAAUAGAAGAAAAAGAAUCUGUUUCUUUAAGUGAAUCUUUCGAAUUGGUUGAUAAUAUUGAAGAAAAUCUUGUAGACAGCUCAGAAGAUGAAUUUGUAGUUAUAGAAGAAAUAGGAAAAGAAGCUAAAGAAGAAGAUUCUGAAGGAAAAGCAAUACAAAUUGAAAGAAAAACUAAAAUCAUUCAUAAAAAUGUAAGCAUCACUAGUUCACCUCAACAUGAAUCAGACUCUGAAAGUCCAGGAUCAAAAAGUCAACUUGAAUUGGAAUUUACAAAUCAAAAAUGGGUGGAACUUCAAUUUGAAGAUGACAACACUAUAAAUGAAGUAUAUGGAUAUAAUAUAGAGUAUGAAAGACCCCCUCUUGAAGAUAUCAAAGAAGAAGAUACAGACGAUUUGCAAAGCAGUAAAGUUGGGAGUAUUGGCAGUCAAGUCAGUCAUUCAAUUGAUAGUUUUGGUAGCAUGAAAGAAUCGUUUAGCAGCACUCCAGAAAGUAAAAAAUACUUAGGAAAAUCGUUAGAAAAUGAUAAUAUAUCUGUGAAUUCCCUACAAGAAUUUGAAAGGUUAGAGCAGUUGGUAAGAAUUGAAUCAAUGAAAGCUAAGUCUUCGGGAUCUUUAGCAUCUACUACAAGUUCUUCUAAUAGUAGAAAGGAUGAUUUAUCAUUAACUUCUCUUAAAGAUUUUGAAACAAUAGAAGCAGCUUGUUUUAAAACUGAGUUGAUUGAAAACAAGGCUUUAGCUACUGAAAAAUCAUUAGAUGACGAAGAGGGGAUGUUUAAAAUUAAUGAAAUAAUCAAAGAAGCUGAGAUAAACUUAGAACAAAACGAAGAUUAUUCUGAAAAACAUAUAUCAGAAGAUGAUAAUUUAACUAGUACAGAAUCUCUUGACUUAAAAACAAUUGUUACUGAAAUGAAAGUGUCAGCUUCUCUUGAGCAUAUGCCAAAUAUUGGGUGUGUUGAAGGAAAACAAAUUGAUUAUGAUGACUGCAUGAACUCAAGUGUUUCAAGUCGUGGUUUUAGUAGUCCAAUUAUGGAUGACCAUUCUAAAGAGUCAUCAUACAGAAACAGUUUAAUUUUAGGUAGUAAUGAUUCACUAGGACCAAUAAGUUCCACAUCGACGAAUGCCACUUACCACUGUGAAACCGGAUCUAACAUGUCUUCUAGUUUCACAAGUGGAGGUUCCAAUACUAUGGUAUCUAGUAUGGAAGGCCUAGACAAAACUGAAAACAAACACGAUUGGUUUGACGAAAAUGAAACUUUUGAAACAUAUAAAAAGGAUUCAGGUGGAACAGAAUUCACUCACAAAAUCAUACGAUUGCCUGCUGAAAUACAUAAAGUAACGGCAAAAGGACCCGAAAAAGAAAAAAUUAUUGAAGAUUUUGUAGAAUACUUUACACCUGGUGAAUUCCAAGAGGAUAUAGAACGUACAGAUGAGCAUGGAAAUAUAUUUGUCACACGAAUUGUACAAAAACGAAUGGUUUUUGAUACUGAAGAACUAGCAAAUAAAGGUGUUUCUGAAGACGAAUUAAACGAAUGUUUGAGAAAACUUUCUAAAGAUGCCCCUAGUGGAUUUGAAAUCAGUAAGAAAACGUCAACACAUAUUUCAGGUUCGUCUGAAGAGAUAACAGAAGCAUCAAAUAAUGAUACAAGAAAAGAGUUGCAAGUGGCUGCAUCAAAACCGGAAUUGAAGUGUGAAAUUAGUAUGGACGACGAUACAGAAAUAGAUCUACGCGAGCAUGACUGGCGCUUUCAACAUCAAAUAAAUACUGAAACUGAUGAUAUAACAAAGCCAAGUACAUCUGGAUGGACUGGAAAAUCAAAACCGAAAGAAAAUGUAUCUGAACUGUGAAGACAAUGUAAUAUGAUUUUGAAUUUUAAUAAUAAAUUGUUCAUCACUAUUAUUAUUAGAAAAUAUUAUUAAUAAUGUAAAAACAUUUAGUAGAUCAAUCUGAAAAAUAUAUGUAAAUGGAAAGCUACAUUCCAAUGAAUAUUUGAAUACAUGUACUUACUUAAAACAUUAAUAAAUAUAAUAAGUUAUCAUCAUUUAGGUACCUACUACCAGUACUACCUAUACCUACCUAGAAAUACCAUUUCAUUUCAUUUUGCAAUUUAAUUAAUUUUAAGAAUAGGUACAUUAUUGUUUGUACCUACAUAAUUUGCAUAUUUUUGAAUAUUUAUUUUUAAAAUAAUGAAUUAUUAUUUAGAUAAUUAUUAUUAUAUGUAUUCGAGUAUUUCAUAUGACAUUGAAAUUAACAAUUUUUAUUUAUGUUAUAUCGCUUACCAUUUGUCUCGUUUGUCUUACAAAUACUUUACUAUAUAUAUAUACCUACCUACAUGGCUACAUAAUAUAGAAGUUAGUCAAACCUAUUAUACCUAUACUUAAUUUUAUAUAUAUAUAAUAAAUAUGUAUAUAUAAUAAUAUAUAUACAUAUUAUUAUUAUUCAUAUUAUCCCAUUAUUAUAACUUACUAUUGAUAUUUUUAUUUGAACUACAAAAUAAUUCAUUGUUACCUAUUUUAUGUCAUACUUAAUAAAAUUUUGUCAUCUUGUAUAAAAUUUACUUUUAAAUAAAAUGACAGCCCAUUGCAAUUAAAAUGAAUAGGCAAAAACAUAUUGUUAUUGUAUCUAUAUAGGCUGUGCGUUAUUUUUGAUGAAUGAAUAUGAUGCUUUUAAUAAUCAUUAAA